AUGAAAAUGGCUCUGACCACAGAGGAAGUGAAACGGAAGAACGUGGGCUCUCAGAUUUGGCUGGUAGUUUUCUGUUGAAUGCAUAAUCUGGUGCACAUUCCUUGGCUUCAAGGAGAACAAGAAAGCUCAAGAAUGCAAGAGAAUUGGCAGCAAGCUGGGGUGGGUGAUGCAUGGUUAUUUUUGGAGGAGUCAUGUUGGAAUGUUUCUGUGUUUAGGGCACCAUGGAGGAAGAAUAUGUACAAGGACAGUUCAAAAAGCUGCAGGAGCAGCGUAUGACCAUGCAGAAGAAAACAUUCACCAACUGGAUCAACAAUGUGUUCUACAAACAUGGUGUAGGUACUUUCCUCAAGCUCCUUCAGAUGUGAUCAGAUUAAAAACUUCCUUGGUGGAGUGACAAACAACUCAUGGAAAGCUCCUGACAAACUUUAUCCAUACAAUAUCAUUAACUGCGAGCUUAAACAGUGUAAACAAUGCAUUUUGAACUUCCAUUGACAUCUAAAGUUACCACAUUCAAGAUGGCUGCAAAACAAACACCAGCCUGGGCAAAGCAUUAGUACAGCACCUGGAACCAUUGUGCCUUAGCACAAUAUGCUAUUACUUAAACAUUUCAGUGACUUGACAACUGCAAUUUCCUGGUACAGGUAGAAUUUCCACAGCUUCUCAAACUCUGUAGGGUUUCAGUCAAGGCCUUUUACCCAUUCAGCUGUGAGUCACCAGGUUGUACUUCUCAAGAUGUAUGUGUCAUCCUUAAUGCUUUAGUUUACACCAAUUACAAGCUAAUAUAAUAUUUAUGACUAGGCAGUUAAUGUUUUAACAUCAACCCAGAAGGUAUUUCAGCUGUCAGAGCUGGACCAAGACAUUUUAAUCAUUCAUUCAUUUACAGUAAUUCCAUUUAUUAAUUGCUCCCUCAGAAACAUCUCAAAGUGAUUAACAGUGACCGCACCAAUAAUGAAAGCAGUAAAAGCAAUUCCAUGUAUUAAAAAAAAAACAAUUCAAAUCCAGUACAGAUAAAGACUGCAGUGACAAUAAAAUCUCCACUUAAAAGGCUUUGACGUGCACCAAAAAGAUGCUAGAGGUGGCACCUGUCUGAUAUGUGUGAGAGAGGUUCACAGUUGGUGCCUCCACACUAAAGGCCUGAUUCCUAGUCGUAGGGAACAGACCUCUGGAUGAGAUGGUAUCUGCAGGAUUCCCUCUCCAGUAAAAGCACAGUGAUUGGUUGGGAAUUAUAAGGGGCGAGAUCAGAUAUCCAGGUACCAAGCCUGGUAUCAAGGUUUUGCAUACAUGUGCUACCUGCUUGAACUUAGCCUGGUAGCGAAUCAGCAACCAGAGCUGCUGCUUUUUGUUGCAGCUUCUGGAACAAAGAUGGACCUUUUAAAGUUGCAGUCAGAAGCUCCAAACUGUUGCUAAAAAUGUGUUUUAAAUGAAGAUUCUGGCAGCGUAUCAGCCAAUGGAUUGAAGGCUGCAAAUAUUCCAGUCACCCUUUUAGCUGACUAGAAUAGGGGAUAUUUGUCAAGACUCCAUGAAGGACACUGUAGGUAAAGGAGUAUAGAGAAGUUGUUCAGACCUACCCAUAGUUUCUUUCCAUGUGAAGUCCUGUUCAGAAUAUUAAAUGAUGUGAAUUCAAUUGGCUCAGAAGCAAAUAAUUUCUCUCUUCUCUUCUCUUCUCUUCUCUUCUCUUCUCUUCUCUUCUCUUCUCUUCUCUUCAUGCCAGUCAAACAGCAAUUACAGCACUUGCUUGCCAUUAUCUAUGCUUGUGUGACAUCUGUCCAUGUCACUGGCUGUGAAAUUUUGGCUGAAUUCUUUGAUGCUUCAUUUUGCAGGUGGACAUUAGGAUUCAUGAUCUCUAUACUGAACUGAAAGAUGGCAUUUAUCUCCUGCAGCUGUUAGAGCUGCUGUCUGCUGAGCAACUGCCCAGAGCAAACAAGGGUAAAAUGAGGGUUCAUUUUCUGGAGAACAACAGCAAAGCUAUCCAAUUCCUCAAAACCAAGGUGAGAACAUAAAGGUACAAUGCAGACUUGUCAAGUUGCAGGACAGUGUGAGGUUGCAUAUUUAUAAAUUUAUGUUUAAUCUAUAGUCCGUCAGGUGUCAUUGGUACACAAAUUUAAAGAAAUUCUCUUUAAGAGUAAUGUUAAUUAACAGUAAUGGAACAGUUUUAAACCAUAGUUUCAUAGAAAGAUUAAAGUCUUCCCCCUAUUUCUUUUAUAAUGUUGGAGAUAGUUGAUAUAUUUUGAUAAUUGCGUGUGUUCUGUGUGAAUCAGGUGCUUUUCCUCAGCCACUCUUGGCAGCUUAUAGCAUAUCUAAAAACAUAAAACAUCAAGCAUUAAAAAACCUCCUGAUACAGGGCUGCCUUCAGAUGUCUUCUAAAAGAUGUAUAAUUCUUUAUUUAUCUCCCUGACAUCUGGUGGGAGGGCAUUCCACAGGGAGAACGCCACUGCCAAGAAGGCCCUCUGCCGAGUUCCCUGUAACUUCACUUCUCGCAGUGAGGGAACGACCAGAAGGCCCUCGGCGCUGGACCUCAGUGUCCAGGCUGAAUGAUGAGGGUGGAGAUGCUCCUUUAGGUAUCCUGGGUCGAGGCCAUUUAGGGCUUUAAAGGUCAGCACCAACACUUUGAAUUGUGCUCGGAAAUGUACUGGGAGCCAGUGAAUUUCCUGGUGGCCACUCCCGGUCACCAGUCUAGCUGCCACAUUCUGGAUUAGUUGUAGUUUCCGAGUCAACCUCAAAGGUAGCCCCACGUAGAGCGCAUUGCAGUCCAAGCGGGAGAUAACUAGAGCAUGCACCACUCUGGCGAGACAGUCCACGGGCAGGUAGGGUCUCAGCCUGCGUACCAGAUGGAGCUGGUAGACAGCUGCCCUGGAUAGAGAAUUGACCUGCACCUCCAUGGACAGCUGUGAGUCCAAAAUGACUCCCAGGCUGCUCACCUGGUCCUUCAGGGGCACAGUUACCCCAUUCAGGACCAGGGAGUCCUCCACACCUGCCCGGCUCCUGUCCCCUCAAAACAGUACUUCUGUCUUAUCAGGAUUCAACCUCAAUUUGUUAGCCACCAUCCAUCCUUCAACCGCAGAUUGGCAAAGUUGACUGGAACUGAUGGGAGUUGCAGUUGAACAACAUCUGAAGGGCCAUAGGCUGACCACUUCUGCUUUAUCCAUCCAUCCCUCCAUCUGUUCAUUCUUUAAAAAGUUCCCCAUGAGUUUCCAGGGCAGGCUACAACAAUGUAAAAAUACAACAUUGAAACUAGUUAAAACAAGUUUAAAGCCUCAAGUUGUAGAAAGUUGUGUUUUUACAUUGUUGUAACCUGCCCUGGAACCUCAUGGGGUUUAUAGAAACAAACUGACAAUGGUAAUAAUUGCUGAAAAGCUACAUUUGUGCAUUUGACAGGUACAGGUGAAAGUAAUUGGACCUGAGAACAUUGUAGAUGGGGACCGAACUCUCAUUCUGGGUUUAAUGUGGAUAAUUAUCCUCAGAUUUCAAAUUGCAUCCAUCAGACUUGAUAAGGUAAAACUGUUCUUUAAUAGCCUUUGUGCUCUUUGCUUUGUGAGAAUGAUCAGCUCUUCUGUUGUUCCAAAAUGUCCUUGAUCCCCAGCAAACUGAAAUUUGACUCUUGGGUUUCUAAUUAGAUUGAAAGUCUAGUCUAAGUAAAGGAUUCAAGUGUUUACAUGUGAAUAGGGGAAGUGGCAGAGAGAGAGCCUCUUUAAAAAGGUAAAGGGACCCCUGACCAUUAGGUCCAGUUGUGACAGACUCUGGGGUUGCGGCGCUCAUCUUGCUUUAUUGGCUGAGGUAGCCGGUGUACAGCUUCCGGGUCAUGUGGCCAGCAUGACUAAGCCGCUUCUGGCAAACCAGAGCAGCACACGGAAACGCUGUUUACCUUCCCGUGGUACCUAUUUAUCUACUUGCACUUUGACAUGCUUUUGAACUGCUAGGUUGGCAGGAGCAGGGACCGAGCAACGGGAGCUCACCCCGUUGCAGGGAUUCGAACCGCCAACCUUCUGAUCGGCAAGUCCUAGGCUCUGUGGUUUAACCCACAGCGCCACCCGCAUCCCUAGAGCCUCUUUACUUGAGGGUAAUUUAACUUUAACUAGCACAGUAACUCCCACCACCACCACCAACUGUAACAUGCAUCUAAUAAUAAGUGGUUAAUAAACUGUAGAUAGAAAAUGCCUCACUAAAUUUAUAAUUAUAAAUCCUUACAUUUCAGUUUGUGUAAAAAAAGGGGGUUUCAUCCUAGAGCAAACUUGUGAGAAGUUUUCAAAUCUGGAUAUGUUGUUGCAUGGCAGAUUUUCAGUUAUAUAUGCAAUUGUCCUUUGAGUUUUUCUCCUUGGUGUGUUUCUAGGAAGAGUUUGGAGCUAAAGCCAAUGUCCUUUCUGCCAAUGAUGCCCUGCUGGUCUGGUGCCAGUAUAAGACUGCCAGCUACCCCAAUGUCAAUGUGAAAGACUUCUCCAAAAGCUGGAGUGACGGGUUAGCCUUCAAUGCACUCAUUCAUGCUCACAGGUAAAGGAGAACUAGGAGAUCCUGCAGCAGUAGCUCAGACUUUCCUGUAAUUCUUUAAUGGAGAAGGUGAUCAAAUCUGACAAGCUGAAUAAUUUUUUGCGGACAAUAUCAUGUUAGACAAAUGGAAAUUAUUUAUUAAUGAGCUCAGAAAAGUUACUAGAGAUAAAAAGGUGCUUUUCAAAAAAUGUAAAUUGGAUUCCACAAGGAUUAGGAUGGGUUGGGAUAAAGAAUAGGGAAUUUCCACAACCUUUGGUGCAGGACUUCUGAGCUCCCAAAAAUAGGUUUCUCUCUCACCUAGCCCUUAACAUCAGAAGCCAAGUUCAUGCCCUGACACCAAAACCCACCUUCCAUGAUGCAAUAAGCUGUUAGGGGCUUGAACUGGGCAAUAGGGCUUGUUUCUAAAGUUCAGGUUUCAGUUUCUCUUCCACCUCCCAUGGUGUCCUUUGUGCUUCCUCUCUCUUGCCACCACUUCCCAGGCAGCAAGAAGGGAACAGAUGGAACCCUUAUGCUUUCUUUUCUCUCAAAACAAAAGAGAAAGAAAAGGGGCCCAUUUAUUCCCUUGCUAAUGCCUGAUCAGAUUUCCUGAUCAGCCUCAGUUGCCCAGAGCAGUGAAGGUGGUGAAGGAGAUUGUCUGGAGUUCUGCUCCACGACAGCACCCCGUGUUAAAGAAUAAAGUCCUUUUUUACAGGAAGGAUGUUGUGAUGACUGUCAUUGAAAUGGUGUCAUUGUAGGCUCACCUCCUCACCUACUGGGAGGAGCUGGUCCCUAGACCUGCUUGCCGUAGUCUCGCCCCAGCAGCACCCCCAACAAUGUGGUCUGACCCAAGACACACCAGGAGCUUCCUAGCUAACUGGAGAUUGAACUCAAGUCUUCUAAAUCUGGUUGUGGCUGCUCUAUGCUCCUCCCAACCUCACUUGCCUCAUUUAACUAUGUGUACUGGAAAUUCCAUCAGCUGAACCAGAGGGAGAGAUUAGAAAUGGCCAACCAACACCAUUCUUUGGGCUCUGCUGAGAGACCAGCUUCAAUGGAGUCUUCCUCUUUCUGAACCGCUUCCAUUUCAGAUGACCAUCUGAGAACAGAUGCCUGAAUCUGCUUGUUUUCCCUUUUCCACCCAUUCCGUUUUCCUUAUGUGCCAUGUCUUUCAGAUAGCAAACCCAUGGACCAGGGCUGCCUUGUUUUCAUUUGAUCUGAUGUGAGCCCUUUUGACUGAAAAGCGAAGCAAAAGAAUUGCUUGAAUAAAUAAAGGGUAGUGAAUGGAAGAUUGAAAUGCAGUUUAGGUAGUAUUUCUCAGGCACACUCGACUUUACAUGCAAGUCUUGGUGUGCACCUCAUUUCAUUUUUGAAACAUAACCUUCCUUGUAUGUUUCCCCAUCACCCCUUCUUUCAUCUCCCCAGGCCUGAUCUCAUCCAGUACAGCUCCCUGAGGCAUGACCAGCCCAUCAGUAACCUAAAUAAUGCCUUCACUGUGGCAGAGAAGCAGCUGGGAAUCACAAAGCUGCUGGACGCUGAGGAUGUGGCCGUGCCAUUUCCAGAUGAGAGAUCCAUCAUGACUUAUGUGUCAUUCUACUACCAUUACUUUUCCAGGCUGAAGCAGGACCAGACUGUCCAGAAAAGGCUCACCAAAGUCAGUGCACUGCGGUCACAUAAAUUAGCAUGCCCUGUCUCUCAAGUAAAUUCUCUCCACAGGCUAAAUCAGAUGGUGGAUCAGUUCUAAUGUACGUAUGUAAUCUGUGGAUAAUGCCAAGGGCUUUUCACAGGAAGAAUAAAAGUCAAUAUACUCCUCUACAUUCAGCUUAAGGAAAAGCCCUCCAUGGUCAAAAGGCAAAUGCUUAUGCAGUAGGAAAAUUCAUUGCAGUUUGUUUCCUUUGCGUAGGGCAAAUCUCAGUAGGUUUUCACCUUUUUUGGCUCACCUUCAUAAAAAAAAUAAUUCAAGGGCACCAUGGACAAGCAGGCAAGUCCAAUACGAUAGGUUCUGGCUGAAGAACUAGGUAUAUCUUUGCCAGUGCCAAAGGGGACAGCCAGAAGCUUUAUUAAAGAGGAAUCCCAAAAUCUGGGAUCUCCUUCAAAAUGAUACCAAAGUAAUGUAAUUGUUUUGUUCCAUUCUGUGGGGCCAAAGCUAGCUUGGGUAUUGUACAGACACAGAUACAGUGACUAUGCAAAGGGACAGAAACACACACACACACACACACACACACACACACACACACUUAGUACACAUGCUCUUCUACAUAUCCCCAUUUAUCCCUACAUUGCAGAUGGUUGGACCUUUGUGUCGCUUCCAACUCUACAAUUCUAUGCUUCCAUGAUAUUCCCGUUGCAAGUUUUAGAAGAACCUAAGACUAGCUCUGCUGGAUUGAACCACUUGCCCAUGCAGUCUGACCUCCUGUUCUCACAGUGGCCAACCAGGUGCCUAUUGGAAGACUUCUAGCAAGACCUGAGUGCAACUGCAAUUCAGAAGCAUACUGCCUCUGACAGUGGCCGUGUCAGAGUUCUGCUCUUCGUGUGCUUCUCGCUUUAAUGGUUUUCCUUCCCACUCGGAUUCUCUCUCUCGGGGUUCUUUCAUGCAGAGCCCUUCUCCUUCUUCUUCUCCUCCCUCCCUUCCUUCCUAAACAAACACAGAGAGACAUGAUAAUCUCUCGCUGACCUCAGUCACCCUCAAUAAGGCAGCUCUGAGUUCCCUAAUAGGAUUGUGGCAGGGAAGCCUCCCUUGUGUCAAAGCAGCCUCAGUAUGCGCUAAGACUAGUGGGUGACCAGGGAGUGCAGAGGGAAUCCAUGCGGUGAGGUAAAUCUCCCUUCCCCCACCCCUCUCCAGUGACCAUGCAUUUGUUAGGAUCCUUCAGCGAGAACUGGGUGCGAUGGCAGAACAUACAGAACGGAGCCCUAAUGCCCCAGGCAGCUUUUCCUGCACUCAAGGUUGGUGCUGCUGUUUUGCUCCUUCUCCUGCCCGUAGCUGGGCUUGCUUUGUUAUUUGUGCGCUCUGAAAUGGAUGCAAGCAGAUUAGCACUUCCAGCUCAUUGGUUUUUUUAUUCGGUUUCAGCAUCUUCCUCAUUAACACAAGGAAACAACUGGGGGCCAGCUGAGGCCUCCUCGAGGGUGACAUGGAGCAUUGUCCUGCGUUGUUUGUUGUAGUUUGCUGUAGUUUGGGGCAUUUCGCUUUGAGCUCUUUCGAAGCUAGGAUUAAGAAGUGGAAACCAAAAAUAGCAAAUGAAAGGGGAGGGCAAUGUGAGAAAGAUGGUUACUUUUUGCACUCUGGCGAUGCUUCCAUAGGGUUUGUUUCUGGUGCUGAAUGAACAUGACUGUCUAUCAGUCCACACAGGGAAGGUGCAGGUAUUUUAUGCUUAAUGCUGAUAGUUCAAAUUGACUAACAGAAUCAAGGCUUUCUCUGGUAACGCCAAACCUUGUGCUGGAUGGUACCAUGUUACAGAGUCCCCUCUCAUCAUAUUCUGAUGGGUGCUUCUGAUAUUAGUCACGGGAAGCAACUAUUUGCAGGCCACUAUCAGAGAGUCUUGGCAACAAAUGCUCUACUGUAAAACUGGAUCCGCUCACAUCAAAGAAGUGUUGCAAUUAAACGCGUUACAAACUUUGUAUGAGAAAUCAGGUUAGCAAAGACGGAACUCCACAGCGCCAUCUGGUGUCACAGUGUUAGAAUGCACAAACAACGCAUAUAAAGAGUUUUUUUUCUUUGCCAGUGUAGCUGGGGCUCGUGUUUAAAUUGAAAUGAAUGAAUCCAAGAGUCUUCAGUAAGGUUGUGGAUUCCUAAACUAUAGUCAAAAACAGAAAAUUGCAGACUGGUGGAGGGGGUGUAUUUCCAGAUAUUUGUUUAAAUAGUAGCAGUCGUAGUAACAACAAGGCUCAGCAGUUGAACUGCAGAGGGUGAUUAUCAGAGUUUGGUUAUUUAUGGUAAAACAUGUGGUGAUAACUUUGAACCCUGCACCUUAAAAUACCAGCAGCACUAUUUAGUGAAGUACUUGCCUCUUUCUCUGGUAUUAAAAUGUGUCGUGAGUCCCAUGGAAGUGUUGUGGAGGGAGUGAGUAGAUCCAGAAAAGACAUGGAAGGUGCUCUGAGAGUGGGUGCUGGAAUAUCCUAAGUAAUGUUCCAGUUAGCAGCAGGUCUUCAAUUCUAGGCUUCAAGAGGGGCCUGAUCCUAGCAGCAGUUUGGGGGAAUGAUCCCCCAGCAGUCUGAGGAAAGGAGAUCUGGGCCCCAGGGAGGGCUGUGGUAGUGAUGAAAGAGCAGGCCAGUGUGGCGUAGUGGUUAAGAGCGGUAGACUCGUAAUCUGGUGAACCGGGUUUGUGUCUCCGCUCCUCCACAUGCAGCUGCUGGGUGACCUUGGGCUAGUCACACUUCUCUGAAGUCUCUCAGCCUCACUCACGUUACAGUGUUUGUUGCGGGGGAGGAAGGGAAAGGAGAAUGUUAGCCACUUUGAGACUCCUUCAGGUAGUGAUAAAGUGGGGAAGAAGAAGAAGAAGAAGAAGAAGAAGAAGAAGAAGAAGAAGAAGAGAGUUUGGAUUUGAUAUCCCGCCUUUCACUCCCCUUCAGGAGUCUCAAAGCGGCUAACAUUCUCCUUUCCCUUCCUCCCCCACAACAAACACUCUGUGAGGUGAGUGGGGCUGAGAGACUUCAGAGAAGUGUGACUGGCCCAAGGUCACCUAGCAGCUGCAUGUGGAGGAGCGGAGACACGAACCUGGUUCCCCAGAUUACGAGACUACCGCUCUUAACCACUACACCACACUGGCUCCAAACUCUUCUUCUUCUAGGCCUCCCCUAGUUGUGCCAUGGCCUUGAAGCAACGUAGGAGGCUUCUAGGACUGCUUUUGUUUUCCAGAUGUAUUCGUUUCAAAUAUUUAUAUACUUCUAUACUUCUGUUCUUUAGAAAAUAUUCUCAGGUUAUUGGGGGGGGGGGAAAUAACACAGUAUAUAAAACAACAGACAAAACACUGAACUCCACAAAAUAAGAUUCCACUCACUCAACACCCACACAAAUUCCACACCCACUAAUGGCUGCUACCUCAGUCUACAUGACACCUACACUUGCACACAGACUUACAGGCAAACACACACACACACACACACACCUUCACUCUUAACCCUCACUGGUCUCAAUAAUCUUCUGGGUAUAUACAGAAAAAGACUGUACUACCACACUUGGCAGCCUUUAACACCAGAUCUAACCUCUACCCACCCCAAUAAACACCUCAUUCCACCCAUACAAACACAAACACAAAUUCAGAUUUAGAUGUGGUUAUUAUCUGUGGCUAAGGAACAAAUCUGUCAUCCUAGUCUCACCGAAAGCCUGGAUUGACUGGAGUCAGUCAUAAAACUAUGCUAGGUUAUAUGAUUAAGUAUUUUAUUUUGCUUUUCCCCCCCUGCAGAUUGUGUUCUUCCUGAAGGAGACGGAUGACUUGAAGUUCCAGUAUGAGCAAAUGGUCUCAGAGCUCUUGAAAUGGAUAAAGCUCAAAGUGGUGGAACUGGAUGAUCGCUUCUUUCCCAACUCCCUCAAGGAGAUGCGUCUUCUCAUGGGCAGCUUUAAGACCUUCCGCAUUGUGGAGAAGCCUCCCAAGUACCGGGAGAAGGGAAUCAUUGAAGCCAAUUUCUUCCACAUCAGAACCAAACAGCGAGCCCACAACCAACGUGCCUACCUGCCUCCUGAAGGAAAGACACUGAGAGAUUUGGAGAAGGAGUGGGUUGUUUUGGAAAAGGCAGAGCACAACCGAGGAAAAGCAAUCCAGGAGGAGCUCUUGAGGCUGGAGAGAGUUGAGCAACUGGUCCAGAGAUUUCUGAAGAAAGCAGCUGUUCGUGAGGCCUACUUGGAGGACAUGAGAGGGAUAAUAACGAAGCAGAACGAUUGGCAGCCUGAGAGUGUGGAGGCACAUCAGGCAGCCACAAGAAAGCUUGAAGCCAUUGAGGCAGAUAUGCUUUCCCGAGACCUACGCUUCAAAGCACUAUCUAAGAUGGCUUCAGAAAUCAAGCAGGAGAACUACCAUGGCAAGAUCCAGAUUGAAAAGAAGUGAGCUGAAAAGUGGCGGUGUGUGGUUUUGGGAGGUGGGAGAAACAGGAAUAGCUUUAAGGAGAAUUAGAAGGACACAUAGAAAAUAGUUGUGUUGAUAGCAUGAAUAAUGUAGUUCCCCUUUUCAGAAAGGCAGCAACGAUAGAGAUUAACAAUGGCGAUGGAUUUCACCACCAUGCUUCACAUUCGUGCUUUUGAAUAGACAGUGGACUGAUUUUUUUUAAAAAAGAGAAACAUUCUGUUGUUUUUUUUCAAAUAAGAAGAUUUUUCAAAUAAAAUCUUGGGAGAAAACCCUUCUCCAUGUUUCAGCACUGGGUGAGGCUUGUUAUGGGUGACACAAGGGCCUUCUGUACAGUGUCUUCCCAUUGGCAGAAUACAAUCCUCUUAGAAUUGUGGUUAAAGCCAGUGCUUUUUUCUGGGGGUGAUCAAGGGUACACAGCACCGGCUCCUUUUCUUCUAGAUGAAAAGCACUGGUUAGAUCCAACACUUCUAUCAUUUCAGUGCCAAGCUAAGAAAGACCUUUCUGUUUCCCCAGACAUUUUCAGUGGUUUAGUUAAAUAAACUAGCCACAUGGGAAUCAUGAGCCUCCAUUUUAAUUGUUUUCCAUGCAUCCCUUGAAAUACGUAGUUCUGUUCAGAAUCUUUUGAUAUACCAUGUUGUUGUUUUCCCUCCCAUCCAGGCAAAAUGACAUUGCACAUCAAUGGCAAGACCUUAUGACCCAGCUCCAGAGACAAAAACACUCCUUGCAGGCAAUGCAGGAAGGCCUGGUCCUUUUGAGGGACAUCGAUACCAUUACAGAAGAACUAAGAGGGCUGAAGGUAUCUCGUGUUAUACAUUUUGCAUGUUAAUAAGCACAUUGUUUUAGUGACAACUAAAGACUGCAAUUGAUGUCAUGUUGUGAAAGAACAUCGUGUUUUCAGGUCUGAAAAUAGGCACAUAGUCAUUGACAUCCCAGGCUUGCUUAUUUAUUCAAAUAAUAAUAAUAAUAAUAAUAAUAAUAAUAAUAAUAAUAAUACUGGAAAUAAAUAAAUAAAUAAGUCGUAGGCAUACGAUUGUCAAUACAAACUUAAUUUUCCAGGGACAACUAAAUGAAAAAUAUUCCACUUGCCAGAAUAAUAGAAUAUGGACUUGAGGCUAAGAACUAUAGAUUAUCGGCAUGCACACAAAUCUGUUCAUUUUCUUUUACAUUAGGUUAAAAGGCCUGUUUCUUGCAGUGAAAGCCAGUUACAUAUACAUUAUAAAACUGAAUUCGUACAGAGGCAGUGGAUACAGGCUUAAUUUGAGCUUAAGUAGCAUGGGUUUCAAAGCCAGGAGUACCUAUGACCAUAUAACUGCCUUCCUUUAUCGUAACCUAUUUGGUCCCACACUUCUGGGAUUAGGAGAAUUCAGGUCAAAGGGCAUGACUUCUAGGCAGUCUAGCAACCAGGCACAGUACAUGUUGGAAACUAAGCACUGUGCUUAUUAUCGCUAUACCCGUUUGUAAUAUGUACUGUAUGUGGAUGGAAUUUGCAUCUUUUCUUUGAUAUUAGUGGGCCUUGGAUACCAUCUGAUGAUUGCUAGCUGACAUUGGGUGAUAAUUUACCAUUGCAUGAAUGUAACAACUUGAUAAACUGGGCAUCAGUAAUAUCCUGCCAAUAGUGUAGACUCCUGCACUUUAGUGCAAGUCACCAUUCCCUUAUUCUUCUGAUUGUAAAAACUCCUCUCAGAAGUUGAAAGGAUUAUUAGUUUUAUAAGUGGCUACAUGCACAUUAUGGUAAAUUUAUCAUCUGAUAAAUAGUCAUCUAUAACUUAGCCAUUUUCUUCACGCAAGUUCUUGAGGACAAUAAACAUCAUUUCUAUUUCAUUUAAUUUCCAGAGUCUAGUGAGUGCCCAGCAUUGUGGUAAACAGCUCCUGGAAGCCGUAGAUUUACUGCAGAAGCAUAAACUGGUUGCCUCUCAGAUCUCUUCCCUUGGGGAGAGGGUCAGGCAUAUCACUGAAAGAACAGAAGUGAUUGUCAAAAGUAAAUCGUUCAAGCCAGAUGUGCUUCAAUCUAAACAUCGGAUGCUCCAGCAGCUGCAUCAAAACCUUGUGGAUCUCUGCAAAACACGGUAAAUUUCUUUUUUUGUGACUCAGUUCUUCCUGAGGAGGCUGGCCAGUUCUUUUAUUUAAGAAAUUCAGGAAUAGAAUAUCCUAAUUGUGGGAUGCCGGGGUGUUUGUAUGAACCCCCGAAAUGAACAUAUAACAACAACAAUUUAUUUAUACCCCACCCAUUUGGUUGGGUUUCCCCAGUCACUCUGUGCGGCUUCCAACCAAAUAUUAAAAACAAUACAGCAUCAGACAUUAAAAACUUCCCUAAACAAGGCCGCCUUCAGUUGUCUUUUAAAAGUAAAAUAGUUGUUUAUUGCCUUGACAUCUGCUGGGAGGGCAUUCCACAGGGCAGGUGCCACUACCGAGAAGGCCCUCUGCCUGGUUCCCUGUAACCUCACUUCUCACAGUGAGGGAACCACCAGAAGGCCCUCAGAGCUGGACCUCAGUGUCUGGGCUGCAUGAUGGGGGUGGAGACGCUCCUUCAGGUAUACUGUGAAGUGGACAGCUGGUCAUGCCCCUCUCGUGCCAGCAUGGAUACUGUCCCAAUUCCCACAGCUGUGAACACUUGGUGUUAGUGAGAAGGGGUCCCCGCACACCCACUGACAUUCAGCAUUACUCCCCAACUGAGAACCCUGAGCUCACACACUGGGGUUUCUCUGCCUUCUGUUUGGAUUGGCUUUGGAUUCUUAUCUUAAAGUUACAAAGGAAUUAAUUCACUGCUUCCUUUGUGUUGUUCAAAUUCAUUAGGUAAAGAUAGUUGCUUUGAAGCAGAAUUGAAAGCUACUUCCUUAAAACCAAGUACAGUGGUACCUCAGGUUAAGUACUUAAUUCGUUCCGGAGGUCCGUUCUUAACCUGAAACUGUUCUUAACCUGAAGCACCACUUUAGCUAAUGGGGCCUCCUGCUGCCGCCGCGCCGCUAAAGCACGAUUUCUGUUCUCAUCCUGAAGCAAAGUUCUUAACCUGAGGUACUAUUUCUGGGUUAGCGGAGUCUGUAACCUGAAGCGUAUGUAACCUGAGGUACCACUGUAUGGAUUUUACCUGAAACCAAGGAGAAUGCAGAGAAGUGUCCAGGGCACAACUUAAGUAUAAAUAAAUAUUUCAAAUGUGGCCUACAUUGGUGGCUGGUCCAGCUUAGGGAAAGGAAGCCUGAGUAAUCCAGAUUCCAGUAUGCAGGAAGUACUAGAAAAAACAUGAUGUGGUUUUAUAAACAUUACCAAAUGCAUCUCUCCCCCCCCCCCCUUUUGGAAUAGACAAUAUCAGCUGGAAAGUGCUUUAAAGCUUUUUGAGUUUUUCCAUGAGUGCAAAGAAGAGGAGCUUUGGCUGUCUGACAAAUUGAAGCUGGUGAUGGCGGGACACUUAGGGCGCGAUCUCAGUCACAUUGCAGCCUCUCUUCAAAGCCAUAAGGUUAGUGAUGUGUAAAUUCUUGAUUGCUUGUGCAGGUUUUAGAGGGCUUUCAGAAUUUUCUAGCUGAAAUAUACUUGGAGUCACGUAGUGAUUUCAUGCUCUUUAUUGCAGCUCGUAAAACAGUGAAUGAAUUUUCCCCCAGACCUCAGGCUUUAUAUACAUUAUUUACACAAUGGGUUCCGUCUGACUGGCUGAUUCUGCUUCCCUCCUGGGGUCUGAUUGGUUUGCUCCUGCAGGUCAAUCAGGUUGUUGCAUUCUAGGAUCCUACCUGCCUAUUGUUCUAGGAUCCAAGCUCAGUACAUAACACUAGCGUUUCUGUUUCUAGUAGCAUAGAUACUAACGUACACAUCCAAAAGAUUUAUAACAGUUCUAAAAAGGGGUGGGGUGGGAACUGGUGGUGAACUGAUGUAAGAGCUUAAUAUUAUAAAACUCUUCACCGAUGAAAUGGAAAACUGUUAGAGAUAUGAGGUCAAAGUAACUUACAAAUUUACCAAUAUUGCUUGAAAUGUGCAGACAUAAUCAGCCCAGAGCCAGGGAAAUUGACUGAUUAUAUUGUGGUUUUUCAAUAGGUCUAGGCAGACAAUGGUACCACCCUAUUUGCCUCUUGAUUGGUUUAGCUAGUUUGAUGUGACAAGAACAAAGAAGCCUUGAGUUAACAAUAAAAUUCCAAAAGGGACUGCUUUCUGCUUUUCUCUUUCUGAAAUGUUAUUUUAUUUGUUUGCCUCCUUAAGGGUUGCGAGGGUUGGAUUUGUUAGAAACACUGUUUAAUUUGCUUAUGUGGAACAGUAUAUCCCUGUUGUUGCAUUUGUGAUAUGCAAAUUGGUUAAAAAAACCCCCAGGCCAUAGCCAAUUUGCCUGAUAGCCAAAUUCCUACCCAGCCCCGCUAAUACAGCAACCACCACAGCCAUAGCAAGGUCAAAUCAAUAAGUAAAAUGCAAAAUUAAUGGAGUGGGUGGGUGCGUUGUGUUAGCAAUUUCACACCUCCGAGGCUACACUUUGUGAUUAGUGGAAAUCACGCGGUCUGUCUGAGAGGAAGCAUGAGAACCGGAUACAGUCCUAUCUGUAUGUAUUACGUGAUGUACUUUUACUUUUGCCUGUUCUCUCUCGGAGCUGGAUGAGAGAGAGCACCAUGAUUCCUUGUCUGUGUGAUAUAGUGUAAAUAAAUACAGUGAUACCUCAGGUUAAGUACUUAAUUCGUUCCGGAGGUCCAUACUUAACCUGAAACUGUUCUUAACCUGAAGCACCACUUUAGCUAAUGGGGCCUCCUGCUGCUGCCGCGCCACCAGAGCACAAUUUCUGUUCUCAACCUGAAGCAAAGUUCUUAACCUGAAGCACUAUUUCUGGGUUAGCAGAGUAUGUAACCUGAAGCGUAUGUAACCUGAGGUACCACUGUAGUAGUUCAGAACUACGAUGCCUCUUUCUUUUACUGUGUCAAGAGAGGCAGCUAGUGUGCAUAAAUCAAGUUGGUUUAUGUCACUAGAGCACUCUGGAGAAGAACGGGGUGCCUUUUCCAGAGCUAUGCUCACCGGAGGACACUCAGAGAUUGGGGAGGGGUGCUGCUGAUAGCCCAGAGAGUUUUCCCAAUAUGGUAGCAGAACUGAUGAAAAAGAGCGGGUGUCGGGGGCCAGUGCAAACUGUUUAAAUCCCCCCUGGGAGCUGACCUGAAGGAAGCCUGAUUUUUCCCUCAGGCCUGCCUCCGAAGAGCCCUGCCCUCCGCACCAGCCGGCCAUUGGCCAAUUUAGCAGGCUGGCAUGGAGCCAGAUUUCAAGCUGGGAGAGUGCGGAUUCCCAGCAUCCCAGCUCUGCAUCGGGGGGGGGGCAGGUACUGGCUGCCCUGCAAGGCCGCCGCACCCUAAAAGUGGUUAAGCGGACUUGCUGAUGUUACAUUAGGGAUUAGUGUCAUAGCUCCAUCGUUUAUCUUCUUAUUUUCUGCGACAGUUGCUUUGCCAGUUAUGACGACCCAGUCAUAAGCCAGCUAUUGCGACAUAGUUAAUUCCUCCUGCUGCCUCCAAUCAAAGUAUUGCAUGGCUGAAAGCAAUGAUGCUCAGCUAUAUUUGAUUGCACAGUCAAUGUUGGUGGUAGGUAUAAUACAAUUUGCAUAAAUGAUUUCACCAGAGAAGAUCACUUGACUCAUGCGAGUGGAAUGGUGAGAUAUGUUAUUCCUUAUAGUUAUCACUCCUGAAAUAAUAAAGUGGAUAAAAGAAGUGAAAACAGCAUUCAAACUAGCAUGACUGGGUUUGGCUUCAUGGUGACAUCCAGUAAUUAUGACCCUCCGACUUCCACCUGGCAGGCUUUGCAAGCUGAGUGUGACUCCCACCAACUGAUUUGUUCUAAGAUCAUAUGCAAGGGCCGGGAGCUAGGUCAGAAAAACCCUUCAAAUCAGAGGAGCAUCCAGAAGGAAACUGACAAUAUCCAGAAAUUGUGGCAGCAGCUCCAAGAUGAGGUGGCCAGACGUAAAACCAGUUUGGAGGCAGCUUCCCUCGUCAAACAGGUACGUUGGUCUGCAGCUCUGUUCAGAUUGAACUGAAUUGAUUAUUAUUAAGAAGUCUAAACAAGAUCUUAGCCUGUCCAUUAAGCUUGGAAGGUCUUGUUAUGUUAAAACAGCAACAACAAUAGCACAGCCUUGCAUCUAAGCACUUGUCUAAUUGCCACUGGGGACAAGGAAUUGCACACAGGUGAGUGAGCAGGCUAAGAAAAGAGAGGUGGAAUUCUUGGUCUCUCAUUUGCACCUGGCAUAAAAACCAGGAAGGCCACCACCAGCAAGUCAUUGAUGGAGGUAGGGAUCUCUCUGCCCCUCUUCUUUCACCUCCCAGAAGCCUAGCUGAAUUUUUCUCAGGCAAGUCACUUAUUUACAAGGUUGCAAUAACAGUAAUGCUCAAAAAGAACCAGUCUUUCUUCCCUUUGAGUCUUGAAGAAAUUGUUGCUUUCGUUCAGAUUUGUUACUCUCCUAAUGUGAUAUUGCUAGUAUGUCACAAGCAGGCAAGAUAUAACAACACAAUUGCCCUAUUUCCACCCUCAGUACUUUGCUGAUAUUGAUGAGGUGGAGUCUUGGAUGCAGGAGCAACAAACCCUGCUAGCUAGCAAAGAUUACGGGAAGGAUGAAUCCAGUGCAGAAGCUUUGUUGCAUCGCCACUUUCGUUUGGAGAAAGAGAUAGCUGCGUAUUCUUCCGAAAUAAGCCACUUGGAUGAGCAGGCUCAUUCUGUAGCAAAGCAGGCUGCAUCAGUGGUAGGUAGCCCUUAUCCUAUCUUUUUAUCGCAUUUCUAUUAAGUUACAUAUCAGUUUGGCCCAAAUAUGGUUGUUAUUGCUGAUGAACCCAAAUAAAACCAAAGCAGACGCAGACACAAUUUGGUCUGUUAGACUGAAUUAAACAAUUCCUUUCAUCUUCAGUUCCUGUGUUGUGAUAUUUCCCUCAAAACACCAUUUUUUCUUUCUGUAGAAUUGUGCCUUCAAUCUUCUUAUUUUUAUGUUUACUCAAUGUCCUAGAAUUGUAUGCUAAUCAGCCUACUGUUGUCCCAUAAUAUCUCAUACUGACUUUGUAGAACGUGAAGUAUUUGUAUUUUAAACCACCUGAAAGCCCUAUCCUCAUAGAAGUAACUCAGAUGAGGUAAAGUCGUUUUGAAUAUUUUGUGAAAACUGUCCUCACCAGCCAGCCUGGAAGUGCUGGAAAAUUUCUUUGGGUGAAAAUGAUAGGAGCCAUGGCCCAGUUUGGGGAGCUAAUUGGAAGAUGUAAAGUUCAGAUUUAAAUUUUUAACUCUGAUAAUGCGACUAUUUGCUCUAAAACCAUGAUAGCAAUUUUGUAACAUUCUCCGCUAUUGUUCUCACAUCUGCUGCUGUUUGAAAAAUAUUCUUUCAAAUGCACACACAAAAGUGGCCUUGUCACAUCUUAACUGCAGCCAUUUUAGAGAAUAGCCAUUGUAUUUCUACUGCAACAUCUGGUGGUGAAUUCAUUUUUAAAACUCAGAAACACUUUUAAUUUGUUUGUUCACAGGCUAUUUAGAGAUUCUGGGAAUAGCAAAGUAAGAUACAACAUUCCUAUAGUUGUAAAAGGUCUUUGCUAUCUUCAGACCUUGCUAUCCUAGAUGCAACUUAGGCUAUGUUCCCAUUACCAUUUACUGUGGCUCCACUGCACUCCUACUGUUGAUGCUUGAAGCCAAGAACACAUGACAUUGGCCACAAUCCAUAUGUUAACCUGUAGUUUGAUGUGUUUCCCUUCAAACCAGCUUCCAUCUGAUUUGAAAACAUGAGCUGAGGUAUGUACAUUUGAGACAGCCAUCAUGUAAACACACAUGAGAGCUUCAUGAAUAGGAGUUCAGGGGUGGUGGUGGUGCAAACAGGUCAUGCACACUGGGGAGAGAAAUCCCCACCCCCUCUCUGGUGCACACAGCAGUGUGCAAAUGUCUAAUGUGUACAUGGACAGAAAUCAGCAUCUUAAACUAAGGCUACGUAUUGAAAUAAAACUGAAAGUAAAUUUAAUUUGAACUUGUGAGCAAUGCCAGUCCCAAAAACACAGAAUUCAGUUUUUUUGUAUAUUUCUUUUGACAGAUGGUAUCGGUGCCAACAGCAAACACAAAGAUCCAUGGCAGCACAGUCCAGAGGGUAACGAAAGCGCCAGCAAGUCUUUCUGUGUCGUGCAUGUCUGCCCAAACUACGCCAACAAGUCCAUUUGGCUCUGAUCCUCAUUUUGUUACAGAAAACAUCUGGAAAGCUCAGAAUAAGAUUAAUUUAUUAUAUGAAAAACUGCAGACCAUGGCUGAGGUAUCAAGUUUUUCUCAUAAUAUUUUGAGUUCUCCCUCUCUUUUUUAAAGACAUAGAGUAAUUGUUUAUAGAGUUGCAUUGCAGCCUUUGGUUUCUGUUUUUUUGCUAUCCUGGCUCCAGAUAUGAAAACUUAAUGUAGCUUUUAGAGUUUACUCUGCAGAGAAAAUACCAAGAAUCCUGAAAUGUGUUGCUGAAGACUGGUUUUUAUAUAACUGAAUGUGCUAAUUGCCCUAUUGCAAAACCUCCAGGUGGGCAAUAUGUGAGAAACCUGACAAAUUCCAAAAAACAGCAUCCCUGCCAGUUUCCUCCAGUCAUGAAGAAAACCAGCUCAAAUGGAAAAGGCUGACUUUUUUUAAAAAAAAUGCUCAGACUUAUAGCAGGGAAAUGUUUUAGGGCAACCACCAAGAAUAGCUCUCUACAACAAAUGGUGCUAUUAACAAAGCGUUUCAUGUCAUUCUUAAAUUCAUCCAUGAGUGAAGACAAAUGUUUGGGUAUGCUGGCCCAAGCCAUUAUAUCCUGAGACUCCCUUCUCAGUUUCUCCUGAGAGAAGAAUUUAAUCUGAAAUCUAUGGACAGUAGCAGAAUUUCAAGUAUAUCAUGACUCCCACCUUCCACAUGUUUCACAUUUGACAGUACUAAUGCACAAAUCAUGGCAUAGGACUACACAAAUAGCUAACUUUUGGUGAUUGGUUGGUGCCUCAGCUCUGAAUUUGUUUUUAAUCUGUUACCCUCAUAUACUGCCUUUGUGUUAAUAUAUUUGUAUCAGAACAUAUUUAUUCUCAUACAGUGUUUGGAUACUUAUUCCUACAGCACAGGAGAAAAGAGUUAGAAGAAAGGAUCCGACUCUACCAGUUCUACAGCUCCUGUGAAGAAUUUCGGUCUUGGAUGGAUGACAAAGAGAAAAUUGUUCAGACUAUUCAGCCAACAGCAGAUAAUGUGGAGACUAUGCAGUAUAAAUACCAGGUGCUGCUUCCACCUACAUUUUCCCUGGCAUUCUUACUCAGAGUCAUAAUUUACUUCAGUCUGUCAGUCAGGGUUGAAUUUAGAGGAACCAUUUCUGAUUUUAGUAAAAAGCGACAGAGAUAUGUUGUGGGGGGGGGGACUCCCAGCAACUGUCAAAAGCCUGCAAGGUUAAAUGGGGGGGGGGAGAGACCAACCCUAUUUAUUUCAAAUUCACUUUGUUGCAGUUCUAAUACCUCAUAAACAAGGCAGUAUUAGGAGCACAGGCUAAACAAUUAGCCCUAGAAAUGGAGUUGUGCCUUUUACUUGCAAACCUACAUAGUACAUAGGUCCGUUUUAUUGUUGAUAACAAUAGUUGCUCGGUAGCCAAUUGCUAUAAAUAUAGGCACUUUGGAAAAUAAUCACAUGUGGGCCAAAAUCCCAGGAGGGUGGUAUUAUGCUGCUACCCCUGACCCAUGCUGAAGACACUUGGAUGGAGCAGAAGUUGAAGUGCGUUAAAACAGUAUCAAUAAACUCUGAGAAGAUAAAGAGGUCUUGAAUUGUUUCCGAACCGGGCUGAACUUCUCAUUUUUCCAAUCUUAAAUCCAGUUCUCCACAUUUCUGCAUAAAUGAAUUUUUUUCAGUGUUUUUGUGUGGAUUUCUCUUAAUAGACACAUUUUUGAAUCACUCUGAAAUUUCCUGUUGUUUGUCAAAGUGUGGAUUUUCAAAGGAAACAUUAUUUCACAUCACUUGCUCACUAAAAAAAGAAUGUGGACUAUCCACUUGUUUGCUUCUCAGUGUUAACAGGAACAACUAGGUAAAAGUGAAGCAUCACACCACUGAAGUUAACGUGGGAAGUAAAUUAAAUCUGUUUGGGAAAGUAACCUGAAGAUAAUAACCUUGAGAGAACUUCCAGAAAUGUCUCAGUCUGUAGCAGCAAAAACAGGAGUUGUGGCUUCUGAAAGACGAGGAAAUUUAUUAUAGCAUGGGCUUCAAUUCACUUCAUCAUACACUCAGCUGGCAGGGAUGUGGGUGUGUGGGUGCCAGGGGUGCUGGGUAUAGGGGGCAGAGGGGGCUUCCCCCCCCCCCCGGAUAUUGAGGGGGCUGCCAGGAGCCAGGCAGCAGCUGGGACAAUAAAGAUCUUUGCUUUUGUCCUCUGCGCAUCCUGCCCCCACCCGGCACAUGCCGGGUGGUGUCAUGUGACGCGUCAUAUGGCUACGUCCCCUCAAAGGGGGUGGGCAAGUCAGCGCCCCUGGUGGGUGCUUACACACAAAUGUUGUAAUCAGUGCAUCAAACAGCAGUGAAAUAUAAAAAAAAGUCUGUGACCAUUCUUUGUAAACCAUUACAUAAGCAAAGUGACCAUUCACAAAAGCAGCAGUUGGUGAUCUCAGUUCAUGCCUGAUUCCUGAGAAGUAAACACCCUAUUCAGUUCUAAUUCAGCAGUUUCAUGCUAGAAUUUCAAGGGGAAAAACUCUAGAUACUGAUGUGUAAAGCAGGUAACCAAAGAUUCUUUUUGUUAGUUAAAUUCUAUAACGUCAAAGAGCUAAACAAUAAAUUACUACUGCUGUCUUUGUUGACUUCUGUUGUUCAGAGUUUUCUAACGGAAUUGGCUACUGGGAAGAGACAACUGGAUGAGAUCAGUUGCUUAGCAGAUAUGUUUUCAAAGAGCAGUCCUGGAAAACAGAAUGAGAUUCAUGUCCAUCAGAAAGAGAUAAAUGCGAGGUAAAUGGUGGUUCAUAUAUAGAGUUAGCCCCGUGAUGUCUGAGGGAUGAGCUUUACUUUAAAUGUAACUUCUGGUUUAGACAUAGUGUUUUCUAGAAGGUGGUUGUUUUAUUGAUGAAUUGUUAAUUAUUUUAUAUAAUUUAAGUUGCAAUUGUGUUGUUCUUUUUGAGGUGCCUGUUUGCUUGCACAGACGAGAGCAGGCUACAAACUGAAACCACCAUCGUGUUCUUCAUAAGAAUAUGAUACAAAUGUUGAGACACAUUAACUUUAGAGUAAAAUGUCCCUCAGCAUGUGCAGAGUUCAUUUCUCUCAUCAUAGUCCAACAGGAUAGUCGCCACUGCAGCAGCCUUCUUUACUUUUCUGCUCUUAGGUGGGAGCGCUUGGAAGCACUGAAAGACGAGAAGGGCUCAAUGCUGAUUGGCGUGGCUGACGUGAAGACGUUCCUUCAGGAUUGCCAGGAUACUCAAGGGCUGCUACAAGACAAGAUGACCCGCCUUGAGGACUUAGGACAUGGGAACAUGCCUACUGUUCUGUCGGCUGAGGCGCGCAAGCUGACAAACUUUGAGCGAGAGGUCUUAGUGCUGGAGAGAAAAAUUGAAUACCUGAAGAGUGUCGCCAAAUCGUAAGAAACCAGCCCUUUGGUGCAUUGUAGUCGGUCCUGGGGGCCCUGAUUUCAGGGGGAUUUAAAGUAAGAAUAGGGAGAUCUGGUGACUACUUUGGUAGGCGUGCAUUCUGUUCUUGCUGGGUAGCAGCAAGAAUUGCUGUCUCUGGGUGCAGUAAUGGCUUCCUUCUCUUUUUCAAACAGGUCUUCUACCUUAUUGAAUUAUUAGGAACUUGGAUCUAGUUUGGUUGUGGAGAAUGAAUAAUCCACAGCGCUUGCGGUCAUUGAUAGGAUUUAGGACGUAUCAUACAAUUCAGCAACCCAUAGGCAUCCCCCAAAACACACACAUGGGAAUUUGUAGAGAAUCAUGGUACAUUUUAGGGAAGUUUUUAAUGUCUGAUGUUUUAUUGUAUUUUUAAUAUUUUGUUGGAAGCCACCCAAAGUGUGGCUGGGGAAACCCAGCCAGAUGGGCAGAGUAUAAAUUUAGUAUUAUUAUUAUUAUUAUUAUUAUUAUUAUUAUUAUUAUUUAUUUUAUUGCUGCCCACAUUCAAAGCCCCAUAGCAUGCAGAAUAGGGUUCCCUCCUUUUCCUCUUGAUGAUGAUAAACAUUAUUCUGUCCCACCUUUCAUCCAAGGAGCUGAGCUCAAGAGAAGGAAAUGUUUUUGCUUUUCUCCAGCACAUCCAACCAAAUCUCCCAGCUGACAUUCCUUGAUGGAUACCGGUGGAAUACAGUUCAGGUCAUAAUGAACUCGAUCUGAGCCCUAACACUAAUUCAAAAACGUGUCUUGGCUUCAUUAUGCAGGAUCAAGGAUACCAAUCCCGCAGAGAGCAGGGCCAUAACAGAACAGGUUGAAGAUAUGGAGGAGCUCCUGUUACUGCUAAAGUCAAAGGCAGAUGAGAAGGGGAAGGCUUUGCAAGUAGCACAGGACCAACAGGCCUUCCUGCAAGACAGCCGUCGACUUCUUUGGUGGGCAGAUGCCAUGAGAGAGAAAAUGGCCAGCGAGGAAAUGGGGGUAGAUGUGGCCUCUGCAGAGCUGCUGCUAAAGGAACACCAGGAUUUGCUGAAAGAGAUACACAGUCAAAACCACAGGUAAAGACCUUCUUCAAAGGUGUAUGAGUGUGUACCAAUUCCAUAUUUUGCAAGAGAGGCAUAAAAGAAGUCUGCAAAGGAGAAGACCCUGAACUAGGGUAGCCUAUAUGGUGUCCUUCAUACAUUGUUGGACUACAAUUCCCCUUUACAAUUGGUAAAAGGGAAAAAUACUAGAUAUGGGUAUAAUGAAAAAAGAGAAUUCCCUGGAUGCCUAGAUCCAGGUUUAGGGCAAGUACUCCUUGGUGAAAGAGCCUCAGCAGAGAUUUAAAAUCACAGAACGUGCAGCAAAGUAAAGUGUGGAAAUAUAGUCUGUUAGACCUUUUAAAAAACCCCUUCAAAGUUGCUUUCAAAGUCCCCCCCCCCACUUCCCUUAGAAUAGAAAGAGACCACACACUGCAUAAGUUAAAAAUGGUUUACUUCAAAGGUCAGAUUUGUGUGCUUUUCUAUACAGCAGCAAGAAAAGACAGGCAGAAUAAUUUAGGUUAUAUGAGGCUGAUUUAUCCCACAGCCUCACCAAUUGCUCACCAUGCUGGCUGCGACAGAUGGAAGUUUUAGUCCAACAAUAUAUGGAGGGCACCAUGUUAAUUAACCUUUGUCCCAGAACAUGUUUAGCACUCUUACAUGGUACCAAAUACUGUUCUACUUGAGAGGGAAGAGCAUGAGAUACCUAUGAUGGCUGUCCUUACUAAACUUCUGGUACUGUAUGUGUACUAAACUUCUGGUACUGUAUGCUAUGUGCAUGUUUGAAUUGAAUGAUAUUUCAAGAGUUCAUUGUAUGAAAAGAAGUUAGACUCAUCAGCAAAAUGACAUUGAAUAUCAUAACCAAAUGCAUACUUUAUUUACAUCAUCAGUGCAAGCAUUGUAUUUAAUUCAAAUUUCAGGAACUUUAAAAACAAAGUUGUUUCCAACUAAGCUAAACUCAGAGCAGAUGCACUGAAAUUAAUGGACCAGACUAACUUUAGUCCACUUAUUUUAAUGGGUCUACUCUGAGUAUGACUUAAUUGGAUACCACCCAUGGUCUUUCCUCAGAAAACAUCUUUUUAUUGCUUUGUCCUUAAUAUAGCUAUUUAUAGAUCACAUUUCUGCAAGUUUCCAAAAAGGAAAAUUGAAGAAAGACUGAAAAAGUGACAGGUUUUCAUGAAUAAAGUACUGGUCAUUAAAAUAGUUUAUUCUUAAGGAAAUAUGCAUUUUCUUGAUGAAGAUGUGGUUUUCACUUAUGACAAUAAUACAUGCCAUUUUCAUGGAACUUUCACAGGUUUAAGCAGCUGCAAGAGUUGGGUCAGAAGAUAAUGGAUGGCCCAUUCAACACCAAGGCUUUGGAAAUCUGUGAGUCUGUGCAAAAGCUUGCUCAGCAAAGGAAUGAGCUAGAUGAAUUGUGGGUAAAGCGGCAGAAGAAGCUCCAGGAAGAUGUUGAACUUCAGAAAUUCAACAGAGAAAUCAAUGGCAUCCAUGCUGCUCUCUCGAGCCAUGAGGCCUUUCUGCGAACUGAUAAUAUUGAGGUAAAUACUUAUGGCUACAAAGCUGAUCAUAUUCAAAUUCAGAGUAGAAGUUAGUAAUUUGUAUCUGAGGUAAUAAAUUCUUGGUGUAAAAAUAUUUUUAAAAACCUCCUCCAUGCUACGUUGGAUCUCAUCCAAUAUUUAUAAAGUUAGGAUGAGAUAUAAAAAUACCACAACAAAUACAAAACACACUUGGUUUUUUGCAGUUUAAUCUUGCAUAUAUCUGAGAAUGGGGGUUAUUAAGCCAUGCUAUUAAGCCUCCCCCACUAAAAAAAAAUCUUAAUGUUCUUCUCUGCAGAAAAUUAAUAUAUGUAUUUUUAUAUACGUCUGUUAUACACGUAUGAGUUGUAUGAGUAGAGAAAAUUCCUUGGUUUCAUGGAUGACGUGUUCUGAUAUCAUGGAAAACCUUGUAGCUGUGUUUGAACAUCAUGUAAGCAAUGGUUUAUUGUGGUGAGAAUUAACUUAGCUCAGCACUGGGCCUGUAUACCCCUCUUCCCCUUCCCUUUCCUGACACAACUGAAAGUAGGAGAUCAGAAACUUUUUCUUCUGUUUUUGAUUCACCACAGUUUGUCAUGUGCUCUAAACCCAACAAAAUGUAGUUAACCUUAAUUAUGGUUUAUUUGAAACUUUAAACCAUGGUUUAUGAAGCUACCUUGUUUCAAUUAACUAAGGUUUACAUUAACCACAGUUUAGGCUUUUAAUAUAAUGCUGAACUUAGGUUAAUCAGAAAGAAAAUGAAAUAUUCUAGUCUCCUGAUUACGGCUGCGCCAGAGGAAGAGGGGGGUCUAUGGAGGGCCUCAGCCCUAGACUUGCCUUGGUUCAUUGCCAUCAAAAUAAGCUGUAGUAUAUUAUGACUUAAAACAUAUCUGAUGCCGUCUCCGAAACUGCUGUAAGAAUAAUGAAGUUGUGAAUUUUAAUCUGUUUUAGUAAUUUAACUUCUGGUAAACUGUUUUGAGGUUUUUUACAUGAUCAAACAGUGUAUAAAUAUUAUGAAAUAGAUAAAAUGAUAAAUGAAGGAAUAAAUAUGCUUGCACCGUGAUGUGGGAUUAGGGCUAAUUUGAACAUCCAUACCCCACCUCCUGGACUUCUCAGUGUUUGGUUGGAUUCUAGGGAGGUUGGAAAUCUACCCAAAGAUCAGGAGAAUGCAAUGGACAUGCAGUGCAGGAGAACUAGAAAGUGAAAAUUCAGAAUGAGAGGAUGUUUACUAUUUGAAGAGAAGGCUGAGGACAAUCUUUCAAUUCCCCCUGUCUCCUUAACAUUAAGGGAAGGCAAACUGCUGCAUUCAACAACCUGCUGCCAACCGAAUGGUGCUGGGAAUGUUGUGAUGUUGGAGCAUAAUUCCUGGGAACAUCGUACGUGGGACAAGAUGACCAUCUCCACGGACAGUCUUGCAUCCUCACAUAUCAACGUUCUCAGCACCAUUUGCAAACUGACUGCUGAAUGCUAAGUCACCUGACCACCUCAUCCAUCUGUAAAUACUCCACCCACUCAAAAGUGCUUUGAUUUUUGUGGGAAUCUGCCAAGUUCACAGAAGUUCUCAUCACACCUUCAUUUGAAGGUUGAAGGUCCAGUGAAUGUGGGAGGUAGGGUCGUGCUCAGCCAUCGUGGGGUGUGGUCAUGCUUGUUUUCCAUAUCUUCAGGACCACGUUGGUUCUAUUCAGAGCCUCCUGAAGCGGCAUGAGGAUUUUGAACGAGUGCUACUGGUGCUGAAAAAGCGAAUAAAUGCAGUCAAUGAGCAUGGAUAUCAGCUGGUGGAAAGGGGCCAUUUUGCUUCUGACACGUACGUAUUUGAUUUUCAUUUUUCAUUUAUUUAGAUCUGGAAGACAGGAAAGACCAAGGCCUAUUCAUGCAUGAUAUUAAGAAACACAUUAGAAUGCCCUUUACAUUUUUUGUGCCAUGUAUUAAUGCUAUUAGAUUUUAUUCCUUUGUAAAAGGAAUUUAUACAGCAUUAGCCUGCCUUCCUUUAGCCAGAAAAAUCCAAAUGUCUUAUACUGAAUAGCAGAGUAAACUGUGGAUUAAUUUGAGUUAGAUAUUCAGCUAUCCUAAACUGCCACAACACCCUGUAGAUCAGUCUACUAAGGUACAAAGAGAUGAAAUGUUUUACCAACUUUGCAAAUUAUUUCUGAUAGAGCUCCUUGCCCACAACCCAUGUAAUACCUUUUGGAGAAGUUGAAUCUCCUCUUAUUUCAUUUACAGGAUUGAGGAGAGAAUGGCUGCCAUACGAGAAAGAUGGAAAUUGCUAAUUAAUAAUAAUGAACAGAGGAAGAAGAGGCUACUAGCUUCUCUUCUAUUACAGGUUAGAGGGCAGUGUAUCAUAAACCAUAUGUAGAGAGAUUGGAAGGGGUUUGCUUGUUUGCUUUGUUUGUUUGCUUGCUUGCUUGCUUACCUAGGUUGGGUAUUCUCCAGUUCAGGAGUACCUAACAUGGUGGCUUCCUUUUGUUUUGGACUACAACUCCUAUGAUCUCCAGCUGUCAUGGCCAAGGUCAGGGGUGAUGGCAGCUGUAGUUCAUGACAUCAGAUUAUACAGUGGUUUGCAACCAGUGUGUUGUGGCACCCUGGGGUGCCUUGAAUGAUGGUCAGUUAGUGCUGCGGGCAACACAGGCCUUUGUCCCUCUUUCCUUCCCUCCCUCCUGUUGCAGCAGCCCUGGCUACAAGCUCCCCAGGUGAAUGGUGCUUCUGGGCCUGGCCCUGUGGGGCAGGGUGAGGAGGCACCUCUCUUUGGGGCAGGGGGAGUAGUUCAAAGACCAGGUGCAGCAACAGCAGCUGCCCGGAGGGCUCCCAACGAGAGGGGAGAGGCAAGGAGGCUGAGGGAACACUCCACAAGGGAGGGUGUUCAAAAAGCUCUGUAGGCAAGGGGUGACAUUACUGGGCUCCCGAGCCCCACAUGGGUGCCGCAGAAAGAAUGUAGCUGGUCAAGGGAGCCAUGGACUCAAAAAGGUUGAAAAACCUCUGGAUUCAGAAAGAGCAUAUAGUUUAUCCUAGAAUGUGGAUGGAAUAACACAUGUUUAAAAGCUUCCCCCCACAAAAAAUGACCUGCAUGUAGACACUACCAUAUCAGGGAGAAGGUUAGGCCUGGAUACUGUUCUUUGAUAUGUUUGCUUUCCACAGCAGAUCAUUCUUUGAUGCAGGGAAAUAUUAGGUAUUGUGACCUUUCACUGGUGUUCUAAAGUGUAACCUGAAGAGUUCACCUGGGGCCUGUUUUAAAGGAUGGGUAUGUUGUUCUUAAGCUUUCUUUGCAGGGAGUGUGCCACUUUUGUAUUCUGCAUUGGCAUGAAAUAAAUGCUGGUGAUGUUUAUAGCAGGGAUAAGAGGCAUGUUUAUAUAAGGGAUAAGAGGCAUUGUGGGUCAGCAGGGACAUAUUACCACACCAAGUUCUUGAGGGAUUGGCCCAAGUUUGCCUUUAAUGCCUACUGCAUCAUAUAUUCCAACUUUCUGAUAAGAAAGGGCUCACCUAACCUGCUCUAAAAAGAGUAUUUUGACCAGUAUGCAGCUGUAGGAGAAAUUUCAAAAUAAGAAUCAACCACAAUGUUUUUCUGUGCUGUAACUGCGAAGGGUCAGGUUCACAGGAAUAUCCCAUAAUGUGACAUUAAAUGUUGUAAUUGAAUACGCACUAUGUUUAAUGUAUGUAUGUUUUUAUUGUCUUAUCUGUAAAUAUAUGUUCCAAUGUAUCAAAAUGUACAUGGGGGAAAAAAGAGAUUUAAUGCAAUUGUAGGAGUUCACUCAUGACACUGCUGAGCUCUUGAUGUGGAUGGAGGAGAAAUACAAGAUAGCAUCAGAUGAGUCCUACCGUGAGCCAACAAACAUACUACGGAAGCUCAAAAAGCAUGAAGCUGCAGAACAAGAAAUGAUGGCCAAUAAGAAGCAUUAUGUGGAGCUGAUGGUGGUAAGGCUGGUCUCAUGGAGAUAUAUUGAUGACUGGCAGAAUAGCCAACAAUUCCUUGUUUGAUUAGAACAUUUCAAAUUUAAGGACAAGAGUUCCAUGCAUAUUUCUGGAUUCUAAUAGCAAACAACUCACAUGCACAGCACACAGCACUGGAUCCGAAAUUCUGUGUUUCUGAAAAGCUAGUAUUAAUUUUUUGUUUUUAAAUUAUAUUUCUAAUAUUAAAACUUAAAAUGUGUUGGUGCUUUCUGCAGAAGCCUAAAACUAGGCUUUCAGGGGAAGCAAAGUACAUAGCCUCAAAGAACUGUGCCUAUCAAGUAUAUUGCUUACUUUGCUGCUUGUAAUAUCACUUAGGAUGCCUGCAUAUAACACUAAAAAGCAGAAAUUGAAUUUUAAGAAUAAAAGAGUCUAGUAGCACAACAGUUACAGCAAUGUAUUAGGAAGAACAUUCUAAGCAAGUGUUUGUUUGCAUGUAUGCAUGCAUGCACUUUCCCAUCAUAUGGUGUUAAGAGAUGUCAAAGUUCAUGCAAAAGACUGAUGGGAAGCAGAGUUUUCCUACAGCAAAACAGAUGAAAACAACACACUGCCCCUAAGUUCAGCUUGAAUUCAGCCUUCUGAAAUCAGGGCCACCAAUGUACAGCAAUGUUGGUUUGUUCAGUGACUGGUUGGUGAGCAUCGCUUUGCAGUUUUUAGGAUACUGGCUUCUUCUGCAUACAAUGACUUUGACAUAAACAGAGGCAGAUAGGAGUAACCAGAGCUACAGGAGUUUUCUCUUGACCAAAUGCACUGUCUCUCUCCAGGCUGGAAAACAGCUGGUUCAGGAUGACCACUAUGCUGCAGAUUCCAUUCAAGAUAAAAUGUCAGAGCUGAAGAAGAAAUGGGAGAAGCUGUACAGCAAGAUGAUAGAGCGAGGAGACAAACUGAGGCAGGCCGGACAGCAAGAACAACUUAUGGAACUUCUUGAGGUCAGGGGCAAAUGCCUUUCUGCCAGGAAGGCUAGGGCUAAACUGAGUGCCAUUGCCACUGUUCAUAAAUUUUAAAAGAUCGUUGGCCAUGUUGGUUGGGGCUGAUGGGAGUUGAAACCCAACAUCUGGAGGGCUACAGUUUCCUCUUCCUGUUUUAAAGUAUUUAACCAGUGAAUAGUUUUAGGUUCUCAAACUAGUAAAGAAAAUGUAAAGUAGCGGAAUACUUGAGCAUCUGCUUUGCAUGCAGAAGGUUCAAGUUUCAGUCCCCAGGCAGGGCUGGGAUUGUCCCUUGUCUGAAACUCUGAAGAGCCUCUUCCAGUCAGUGUCAACAGUCAUGAGCUAAAUGGAUCAAUGAUCUGACUCUAUAUAAUGUAGUUUCCUAUGUUCCUCCUAUGACAGCAGAAAAUGAGCAUUCGCAGUGCUCAUAGCAGAUUCUGCACCAAGGAAUAAAAACCAAGGUGCAGAGCUUGCUGAAUGGUUGCACCAUUCCAUCAGCGCCACAGAGAAUUUAUGCCAGAGGAAAGAGAGCAAAGCGGGGAAUCAUCCACAUGUCAAUAUUUCCCCUUUAGGAUGCUGAAGAGAAGAUAGAGAAGGUUGAGAAGAGUCUUCGAGAUGCAGAGAUGGGCCAUGACAUGCGUUCUAGUCGCAAUUUGCUCAAGGAACACAGUCAGCUGGAAAAUGAGAUGCAGGGAUUGGCUGAGAAAAUGAGCUCGAUUGUGUUGCAUGCCAAGAAAAUGGCUACAAAUCAUUUUGACAGUGAAAGGAUUCUGGAUGAGACACAGAAGUAUUUGGAAUGGUGGGUUGCUCUUUCUGUAAACAUAGUGCAUUGUACAAGGCUUCAUUAUUCUCCUGUCCAUAAGGAUUUACUUUUAUAUCUCAGCCAAGCACAGUCUGAUACUGCUUGUUCCACAGAACUCAGAAGACUACUUUAAGGGAACCGGGUUCGUGUCUCCGCUCCUCCACAUGCAGCUGCUGGGUGACCUUGGGCCAGUCACACUUCUCUGAAGUCUCUCAGCCCCACUCACCUCACAGAGUGUUUGUUUGUUGUGGGGGAGGAAGGGAAAGGAGAAUGUUAGCCGCUUUGAGACUCCUUCGGGUAGUGAUAAAGCGGGAUAUCAAAUCCAAACUCUUCUUCUCUUCUUUAACAAUAGAAUAAAGCAUGAACUUUUUUUCAGCCGGAAUUUGCCAGAACUCAGUUUGGGCACCUCUCAGGUGGGCGCCAUUGCCAUUCUAAGAGAAUGAGAGAGGUAUUCAUAGUGAGUUUUGGCACCUCUUUUUCUAGAAAUAUAACACUGGAAUAAAGCCUAACAUAACAUAAGCAGGUAAUGCAGAGAGAGCUAGUAUGGUGCAAUGAAAAGAGUACUGGGCUUGGAUGUGGUGGAAAACUUAAGAGUCAAAUCCCCACUUUACUAUGAAGGGAUGACCAAAUCAUUAUCUCAGCCUAAAGUAUCUCACAGGCUUUAUUGCAACGGUAAAAUGCUGAUCAGCUUCCCUGGUAUUCUUAGCUUGCCACUAUUCUUUCUUGCUUCCUUCACCAGAUUAUUAGCAGGACUCAAACACAUAAAAAUCAUUUGCAUCGAAGUAUGAUUGGAGAAGUGACUCUGCUGGCUUCUAUAAUUCAUAACAUUCCCAACAUGCAAUUUUACACUGGUUCUUCUAAUUAGUUUUGGCAAUGUGGGUGUAGAAAGCAAGCUGGGUGCACAAGAUUAAAAUCAACAUUUCAGAAUUAUACAUUACUGUAGAGGGGAAGAUAUUUCACUGACAGCUGGAUCACUGACCUUUUCUUUGUGACUCAUCAAUUAUGUUGACUAAUAAGAAUGUUUGCUUAUUGAGGGGAUCCUGCAUUUUCUUGGGCUGAGUGUGUGAACUUCAUUGUUUUAACAUCUGGUUCACAGGUUUGCCUCUCUCCAGGAACCUCUUGCUGAGAGAGGCCAGCUGCUUCAGGCCAGAGUGGAAUUGUUCCAGUUCUACCAUUACCAUGACAUGGAAAUGAAGUGGAUUAGUGAGCGGAUGUCAGUGGCCAGUUCCACAAACCGAGGCCAGUCCUUGAAUGUGGCUCAAAGCUUUCUACAGAAGCACAAGGUAACUCCUGAGUUCUGAUAGCCGUUGUCACAAGUUUACAGCAUGUUUUCUAUUUCAGGAUGAGAUUAAUAGCUGAUUCUCCAACCAGCUGGAAGAUGUUUCAGGAGAGUUUGCUUCUUUCCCUAGCUGUAGGGUUGAGAUCUGUAAUGGUAAACAAGUGGCAGCUUCCUAAUGCCAUGGCAACAUGCUUGCUUGAUUGUUCUGUACUUUAGCAGUAUGUAUGUGACCUCCAAAAGCAUAGUGAAGCUGGAGACCACUGGGCAACUCUAGAUGCAGAGAGCCUGGUGCUUAGCAGAGAGAGGAACAAGGUAUCUUCCAACCUUCCAACAUAUGGCUUUAAUGAAUUAUUUUAGCUGCCCGUCACAUUCCAAAAGAGGGAUAUCCUCGAGCUUAUCUGAUAGCAUAUAGGAACUACUCCAUAAUUGUAUCACCUCAUAUAUAUUUUUUACAUAAGUGAAGUGGUGUUUAGAAAGGCUGUUGCUUUUUUGUUAACUUUUCCUCUGCCUUGAAUAAUCAAAACUAUUAAUAGUGAAAAAAGAGAGUGCCACCCUGAAUAUAACAGCUGUGCACUGGAAUAUAAAAUGGCUGUUUCCCUAUGUUUCUGGAAUUCCCUUUUCCUGCAGACUCAACAAAAUAUGAGCCAUAAGUUCUUACAGAAGCGCUACGGUAUGCAUGUUUAGUAUUGUUUUUAAUCGUUUGGUUUUCAGUAACUGGAGGGAGUAAUGGGAUAUUAUUACAUUAAUUGGUAUUUUAUGCAUUUGUUGCAAGUUACUGCUCUUGAAAGCAUAAUAAAUUUUGUGUGCAGAUGAAUGCCUUUGAAAGGAGCUUACAUUUGGGUUUUGGACUGGACGACUGUGUUCCCACAGCAGGGUUUUGUAAACACAGAUGAACAGCAAAUGUACUAUGCCAACGCAUAGAAUCAUCUGAGGAUUUACUUCCUCACAGCAGGAUCUCUUGGCAAAUCAGCCCAGCCACUGAAAGAGAGAGAGAAGAAUUAGGGAGCCUGUGGCGUCCCAGAUGUUGCUGGAUUACAACUUUCAUCACCAGUGACAUUUGGUUAUGUGGCCUGGAGCUGAUGGAGUCCAACAAAAUCUCAAGGGCUACAGGCAUUUAUACCCCUGCUAUAGACACUCAUUUUAAAUGGCUCCAGGGGAUGGAGAAAAUAUUGCAAAUAUGUGCUUAGUGAAAAGUUGGAUCAUUUACUAGUUGCACUGCACAGAGAUUAGCGAGCAUAGAAUUUGCAGUGGAAAUGGAGAAAAAAGAAACCAAAUUUCCUUAGGGUAGGUUUGUUGACUUUAUCUAUUACUUUCCACAACAAAAACUUCAGAAACAAUUUACAACAGGAACAAAAUGCAGUAAUGAAAAUAUGUAGUAUUUUAAAAGCAUAGAAUAAAAACAUCCAAACAUUUGGUGCUUCCAAAAUGCCCAAGAAAUCUAACUUAAAUCUUGUGAUGUGGGUGGAGGGUAAAUAAGAAUCUGUAGGAGUGGGUGUCAAUUUGCGAAAGCCGUAGCAGGGAAGGAAGGAAGUCUGAGCGUGACAAAGCGCAGUGUAAAUAAGAAAACACUAAGAUGCUGGAUGUAAGAGUUUAUGUUUAAUUGGACUUUGUUUUUGGAAAUUUGGCUUAUGUUCUUAUUUGAUUUUGCUUUUGAAAAUUUAAUAAAAAGUAUUUUUUUAAAAAAAUGCCCAAGAAAUCUAAAAUGCCUGGCACCUAAAUGAUGAUAAAGUUAUUCCUCUCUAAGACUAGAAUUCAUGGACAUUCUGUGAAGAUGGAUGUUGGCCAUAUAAAAUAGAGUUCUUCUUCAUUCAGUGAAUCAUUAAACUAUGGAACUCGCUUCCCUAGGAGCCACUGAUGGCCACCCACUUGGAUGGCUUUAAAAGAGGAUUGGAUGAAUCGAUGGAGGAUAAGGCUAUCAGUUGGUACCAGCCAUGAUGGCUAACUCAGCCUCCCAAGUCAGAGGCACUAAUGCUUCUGAAUACCGCAGAAGAAGAGAGUGCUGUUGCAUCGGGUCCUGCUUCUGGGCUUCCCACAAGCAUCUUGUUGGCCACUGUGAGCACAGAAUGCUGAACUAGAUGGACCAUUGGCCUGAUACAUCAGGCUCUUGCUCUGUUCUUAUGUUCGCACAUGGAAGGCCUUCUUGGAGACAACGUUCCAUAUAGAAAAGGCCUCAAUCACCACACUCUGGAUCUGGCAUGUAGGGAAGGGCCUCACAUGACAACCUCAGGAUCCAGGCAGCUUCAAAUGGGGGAAAGGUGGCCCUUCAGGUAUAGGGGUCCAAGCUGAGGACAUUACUCAGUUUCCCAAGAAUUCUUCCAUAUUGAUGUAAUAAAGAAUGAAAUAAUGGCUAUUUUCCCCUUCCUACUUGGCUGGGUGAUCUUGCAUUGCCAACAUAUUUUAGAAGUUACGUGAAUAAUCUGUUUUUACUUUCUUCUCUCGAAAAUUAGUGUCAGAAUGAAACACCUCAGCUUGACAAUAUUCAGAACAUAAGACACAUGUUUAAACUUAGCUCUGGUGUUACGAGUGACAGGAAGUUUUUUAAAAAGUUUAUGCUUCAACAUGACAGCAAUUAAAAAACCCACAUAUGGUUGAAAAAGGCAAUGCAGGAUGGCAAUCCCUCUAAAAUUUCAGAAACCAAAAGACAUAUUUCCUGAUUUUAUUUUUGCUGGAUAAAGGCCAUAUUUAGCACCCUGUGCUAAAGCCAAUGUGUAACAAAUAGAAAACCACUGAUUCUUUGUUAGGAAUUAAGAAAUAGGGUAGUAACUUUAAUCCAUCAAGCAUUCAGCUUUCCAGAAUAAUUUAUCCUACUAAAUGUUGCCUGUCUGUUUCUAGCUAUCAGUAGCUACUAGUCAGAAAGCUGAUCAGAGACAAUAUGUUCUCAAUUGCUAGUUGCUGGGGAUCAAGAGAAAGGAAGUGCUAUUGCUCUCAUACCCCAAUUGGCCAAUGCAGGAAACAGGAUAUUCGAGUAGAUAGGGCUUCGGUCUGAUCCACCGGAGUUUUUCUUAUGUUCUUAUUUUACAUGGCAAAUGAUUUUCACUCCUCUUUCCCACACAUGCUGAAAAGAUCUUUCUGUUUACAAAUUUAUUUCACUUCUGCACUCCCAUAACAUUUAGACCCCUCAGAACUCCAGCCCCACAAAAUGUGUGUUUUUCCUACCAUAUAUCUCCCUACAAUAAGUUCCUUUUCCAAAAUUAAUUUGCAAGGAGAUUCGCCUUCCAAAAAUGAAUUUCCAGGCAUUUGGAUGAUCAACACCUACAUUAUUAUUUUUUAAAUAGUAUUUGACCUUUUAGACUUUUGGGGGUUUUACUCCAGAAAUAACCCAGUGGCUCUGAAAAAUGGAAAGCACCUUCUAAGUUGUUAUAAAUGCCUCUUUUUACUACUUUUAACCCUUACCUCUCACCUUUUCAUGGCAUUUCUGCAUGUUUUUCUUCUACUAGGAAUUGCAGGUGGAAGUGAAUGGUCACAAGCAGCAGGUCUCUAGGGUUUUGGAGAUGGGAAGAGCCAUGACAGAUGGCAAGCCUGUCCCAUCUCAGAGAGUAAAGGAAAAGUGCCAGGAACUGAGCAAAAGCUGGCAGGAGCUGGAGGAAGCAUGUGAGGAAAGAAUCAAGCAGCUACAGCAAUCUGUUGCCUUCCAUCAGGUAUAUUUCACUAUAUAUUGAUUUCACUCAGUUUGCAAGCCAUGUACCUUAAGUGCACAAGGUGCCAAAGGUCUAUAGGAUUUGAAUGAACUCUGUGUGUCUGCUGCAACUGAGGACCAGUUCGCAAAUGUGGGGUCACCACUGUUGUCUUUAUAAAGUUCAAGAGGACAUACUCCGGUUCAAAUGAGUUUACAAUCUAAAAAAAAAUUAACAAAAGGGAGACAGUGACAGAAAAGGGAAGUGGAGGCAGGGGUAAACAGAACAGAAUCUGUGUUAUUAAAAUCACAUAUUCUUAGGCUUAGUUGCAAUCUGGAAUGAAGAUGCAGGGGUUCUGCCAGAGUGAUUUCCCUGCUUCUUCCCAUUCCACAUCCUUCCCUCAGAUUUUCUCCAGAGAGUUGUCAGAACCCCCAAACCAACACAUGCUGGGUGAAAGGAGAGAUUACAGAAUGAUCUUCUUAGCACCACGUUGAAUUCCACCCUCUAUUUUGCAUAUUUCAACAAGCUUCUCAUUUUACCUACGGAAUCAAUUGCUUUUUAACUUGUAACAAUAGUAUUUUGCACAAAAAGUUUCCCUAAGGAGAAAAAUAAUAAUAACCAUUUUAUUUUAUUUUAAAUUACAAAGUACUUAAUAGAUAUCUUGGACCUGGAGAGUUGGGUAGCAGAGAAGUUCCCACUGGUAACCAGCAAAGAGUGUGGCAAAGAUGGUGCUGCAACUCAAAAACUCAUUAAGAAACAUAAGGUAAUUCUGUGCACAGUCUUCCUCCCCCACCACCCCUGCCCCAAAGAAUGUAGCAGGUAUUAUUGAAGAGGUUGAAUAGUUUCUUUCCUAGCCUGAGGUUACCCUUAAGGAUACCUGCCCAAUGGCCACACACAUUGUGGAGGCUAAACUUAAAAUGGCUGUGUCUUGAUCAAAGGUAUAGCAGGUCAAUGUUAUAUAAUAUUCCAACACAGUGAAUCAACUGUAUGUGGUCCUUCAAAGUGCACCCCAGUCCCCAGAAUCUCCCCCUCCCUCUCUCCCUUUGUCCUAGGAGAAUCCUUGCUGCAGGCCUGUGUUAUAGAGCCCUGCUGGACUGCCAUAUGUAAGAUUUCUGCCCCCAGAACCAGUUCUGUAAGAUUUAAUCAUGAAGUGAUAAUGCUUUCCUUAGUUGGAAAACAGCUAUAAUUCUUCUGGCAAUAGCUUAGCCUUUCCAAUAAUGAGUCAUCCAUAUAUUUGGUAUAUUAAUUGGCUCCUGCAGUUUGCCUGAAGGUGGCAAAAAUUAAAUACGCAGACUGUUUGCUUUUGCCAGGAAUAAAUCUGCUGGAAAAUGUCUGGCCUCGAUACCCUUGUUUUAGUCUCAAUCUAUUUGAUGUUUGUUGAAGCAUUUGUCAAAUCAAAUAUGAACUGUAUAGAAAUACAUAAUAUAUAACAUGUAUGAUGAUGAAUAUAAUAUUAUCAAUAAAAGUUCUAGCCUCACAUUGGCACCUCAGCUGUUGCUUCUCAACUUUGUAUGUUUGGCCUCACCUAAGUUCUUACUUCAGCUAGAACUUUGCUUUCUGUCAGGCCCUGGAGCAUGAAAUCAACAUCUAUCAGAAUUUAGUAAUGGAACUAGGUGAAACUGCCAAAACGCUGCCCCUCUCUGGCUCCAUCCACUAUGAUGAAGUUGACGCACCUCAGGAACAAGUUCAAUCACAGAUUCAGGAGUUGCAAAAUAUGGCCAUAGCAAGGUAAGAAAAUAACAGUCCCAGUUUCUUUGCAUGGUAUUUUGUUGGGCUUUGAUCUUCUGCCAAACCAUAUGAAAAUCAAUAGCAAAGCUUCUGAUCCCUUCAAGAGGCUUUUUAGGCAGGGAUGGCCCUACCAUUAGGCAGAGUGAAGCCAUUGCCUCAGGCAGCAGAUGCUGGGAGGCAGUAAUUUCUCCUGAGCCCUGCCAACUCAGCUGUUGUCCUCUGUUGGAGAUCAGAGCUAUGUGUGCCACAGGCCUAUCAGAUACCCCUAAACUAGCCUGCUGCCUUCGGGUAUGCUGGAAGAUGUCAUCCCAUUGACACCAAGUGUUGAAGUAAGAUCCAGCUGGCAGUCCAGUCAGCUUCUGGAAAUGGAAUGGGAGUGGGGGACAUAUCAUAAUUCAUCAUGGGCCACAAAUAUCUUGAGCUGGCCCUGGCUUUUGAUCAUGCUUAUUAUUAUUUCUUAAAUUUCUAUACCAUCCUUCAUCUAAGGAUCACAGGGUGGUUCACAAUAUAAUGUUGAUGAAUGCAUAUACAGUACAUAUUGUUGCACACUUCCUACUUCUCAGAACAUUGGACAAUCCCUGAAUCAUUAGUACUACUCAGAGUUGGUUUCCUGUGAAUGAGAGAGUAUGGGAAACCUAUAAAGUUUUGUUUUGUUUUGUUUUGUUUUGUUUACCAAGUGGAGACAAAUAGCAAGCACUCUUAGAAGGCAGCAGAUGUACUCCUCCUCCAUCAAAUCUCCAGAAAGAGGCAUUGUUCCAGACAGAACUCCCAGAAAAUAUUGGUGGGAUGGGUGUGGAGGGAGCGGAAGUCCCACUGUGCAAAUGAAAGUCCUUGUGCUAACAGGACUUUGUUGGACAGAGGUUGCAGUGUUUGUUUAUUUCAGGAAAUUAUACCCCAUUUUUCACUACGUAUCUCAAAGUAGCUUACAGAAAAGUAAAAAAAGGUACAAUAUAAGAAAUACCAAUAUAAUUGCAUUGUGAUUCAUACUUCAGUCUUGGAUAUACAGCUCAAGUCAGUUCUCUUGAAAAUUCACAGGAAUCAAUUUCCUUAAGUAUAACUAUGAUAUUGAUAUAUAUGCAGUUCAAGGUGGGGUUAAAGAGCAUAUUAACUGGCCACUGUACACAUUCACCAGACCUCAGGAGAAUGUAUACAUAAUACACCCAUGAAGAGAGAAUUGUUCACAUUUCCCAGUCAAUAUGCACAAUCCAACAGGCCUAGGAGAAAGUGUAUAUCUCAGCUGAAUUUAGUACAUUCUCUAGCUAUUAUGCAAGAUCCCCAAAAGGCUUUGGGGAACGUACAUAUCUCAACUGCAUUUUGUAUAGUCCCCAAGUAAUUUUAGACACUGGAUUUAAUGGUCUUAUGAUUUCCCUCCAGCCCCUUUAGAUGGUUCAUUUAUUUCACUUCCUUCAAAAUGUGAUCAGCCAGCACAACUGGUCACUCUGUUGAGUGGAGCCUUGGACAUCUGCUGCAAAAGUCCUGCCUUGACAGCACUGCUGCUAUUAUCUAUUUCUCUCUCCAAAAAGGGGCAAAAGGCUGGAGGAGACUCUUACAUUGCAUGACUUUCUAAGGGAAUAUGAGGAUCUGGAAGACUGGAUCAGUCAGCAGAAGCAGGUAGCCAGUUCCAAUGGCUAUGGGACCAGUUAUGAACACGUCCUGGUGAGUUAUAUUAUAAAGACAGCAAGAUAUAUUAAAAUGCACCCUGCUUAACAAAGCUUUGUUACACCAAAAUAUUUUAAUGGAAACAACUACCAAGCUCUGAUGAGCCUUCAUAAAGAGGAUUAGGUGUCAUAUCAAGAAGUGAAUUAGUUUUGUUACCUUUCGCAAGCUGACAAUUUAGGAAUCUAGCAGGCUUAAGAUGGAUUGUGCAAGUGGUGAAACCAUUGUGGCCGACUUGUGGUUAAUCAUUAUGCCAAAUCCUUUGUAAGAUGUCAAUGAAGAAAUGAUACGAUAAUUUCAGGGAUGUUUUUCAAAUGACAGAAUAAGCCACUCAGAAAAGUACAAACAGUACGCCUGGUUGAAAUAAAUUUGAAGGAUUAUAAUUAACCUGAUUGAUAAUCCUUUCUGAAACACUCUCGGUUUUUGUUUCCCAACAAAUGUUUGUAAUUUGUGGGUGUGUGGUUUAACCAAAGUUGAAAAGCAGCAACUGCUGUGUUUGUAUUAUGUUUCACCUUUGAAAACUUCCACAGGAUAACUUAAAUAUUUUUUAAAAAAAACAUUAAAACAGGAAUAUUAAAUAAGCAUAAUCUAAAGUAGCACUAAAGUAGCAUAAUCUAAUUGACGCGGGUGGCGCUGUGGUCUAAACCACUGAUCGGCUUGCCGAUCGGAAGGUUGGCAGUUCAAAUCCCUGUGAUGGGAUGAGCUCCCUUUGUUCAAUCCCAGCUCCUGCCCACCUAGCAGUUCAAAAGCACGUCAAAGUGGAAGUAGAUAAAUAGGUACUGCUCCGGCGGGAAGGUAAAUGGUGUUUCUGUACGCUGCUCUGGUUCACCAGAAGCGGCUUAGUCAUGCUGGCCUCAUGACCCGGAAAAACUGUCUGCGGACAAACGCCGGCUCCCUCAGCCUAUAGAGCAAGAUGAGCGUGCAACCCCAGAGUCGUCUGCGACUGGACCUAAUGGUCAGGGGGUACCUUUACCUUUACCUUUAAAGUAGCAGUAUAAAAACAAUCUACCAAAAUAAAAAAGACAACAGCAGCUUAAGCAAUGUAGAGAGAUUUUAUUUUUUUUAUGGGAAAAUAAAAGUGAUCUUUGCCUGGCACAAAAAUGACAUCAAGGAAGGCACUAGGAGAACCUCCCUGGGGAUAGCAUUCCAUAAUCGGGGUUCUGCAAGUGAGUUCUUUUCCCCUUUAGCCACCCCUUGUCACACCUUAGAUCAUGGAGGCACCUGCCAAAGUGCCUUUGUUGAUAGACAGUGACAUGUGGAGACAAGUGGUCCUUCAGGUAUCCCAUUCCCAAUCUCUGAAGGGCUUUAAAAGUCAAAGGCAGUGUUCUAGUCAUUAUACUAGCCCAGGCACGUCCAACUCCCAAGAGACUGCAAUCUACUCCCAGUAUAAAACAAACAAACUGGCAGGGAUCUACCCAUUGUCAUUGGAGGGAGGAUUAGCAUGCGUGAGGUGGGUGGGUGGAAGGGGAGGAUUGCCCAGAGUUAUUGAGCUUUUUUUAGGAGCGAGUGCCCAUAAAUCGCUCAACAAAAAAUCCGCCACUAACCAACAGGUAAAAGCAGAUGCCAAACAACUGCCCACGUGAUGUGACAGAGGGACAGAGUGAGGGGGCGGGGGGUGGAGACAUUCAUUCCCCAGUUUUUUUAAUCCCGCAAUCGAUAAGGAUCCCGCGAUCGACCGCAAUCCGCCAGGAUCACCCGGGGAUCUACCUGUUGAUUGUGGUCGACUGGUUGAACAUGUCUGGACUAGCCCAUUGAACUCCCAUGUACUUUGAAUUUACAUGUGAGAUCAGCAACUAACUUUAUUUAUUUACUUAUUUAUUUAUUUUCAACCAUUGGUAUGCUCCUUAAUCGCAACAGUCUCUAAGCAGUGCACAGGAGACUCAGUACAAUGAAACUUCCCAUCUGCUGGAAGAAGAAUAAGCAGUAGUAGUAGUCUGACCUAAUUGGGGCCAGUCUGACCUAAACUGGGAGGGAUUUCCAUAAAAUUGUGGCCACAAUACUAAACACACAGCUCCUGCUGGGUAGAAGUCAUGCAUCUGAGCCAUAGGAGACUACUAACUCACCUGAAGAUGUCAGCACUUGGGCAAGGAUAUAUUGGGAGAGAGCAAGGCUGAGCUAUUGCUAGAUUUAAUUGAAUGAAAAGUCAGAGCAACACAGAAUGUUUGGAACAAUGUUGAUAGCUAAGUGUGUGUGUGUGUGUGUGUGUGUGUGUGUGUCCCAGAACUGUGUGUAUUUCUUCUGCCUGCUCACUCAUUGUUUUCUCUGAAAGCAUCUUUGUGGCAAAUAUGAAAAGCUCCAGCACCAGAUGGAAGUUGCUGCCAAGAGAGUUGUUGCAUCCUAUCAGCUAGCAGAGGAUAUGGUGGAUCGUGGCCAUUUUGAAUCCCGGGAGAUUCGGAAGAAACAGAAACAGUUGCGGUAAGAGGAGAUCUUCUGUCACCUUGGCUUUCUCUUCUGGCAGGGAAAUAGGAAAUGGCCACAGCCAGAUCCUUGCUAAUUAAAUAAUAUAUAAGAAAGAUCUCAAAGACCAAAAGCUUUCUGAAAUGAUCUUCAUUCUGGUUCCUUUGACACACAAAGCUGGUCCUUCUGAUUUAUCACUAACUUGUGAAAUACUGAUCAGCUGACAGUUGAGCAUUCCAAAGAACUGUUUCAUUGACCCUUUAGAGUUGUGUGCAUAGGGGACUGACCUUGACCUCUAAGACAACAGUGGAAGGGAGUCUUCUUCCCAACACCACUUUAUGACUAGGAACAGGAAGCUGUAAAGAAGGACAGAACUAGCUAUAGCUGCUGGAGGCUGGACCUUUUCUAGCUAACUGUGUUACCUUGAAGAAAGGUUGCAUUGUUUGGGACUUCUUCUUUAAAGGAAAAGCAAGCAAUAGAUACUGUACAAAACUAUGCAUACCAGCCCAGUUUUCAUGUAACACAAUGGCUUAGCACAAACAAGGAAAAAUGCAAACACUCAGGACAUGGGUAUGGGUGAGAGGAAACCAUGGCUGCUUUCUUCCUCUAGUGAUUCUGCUGUUGCACUAAGCCACAGUUUGACUUAACAUGUUGUUCAAUCUCAGGCUCAUGGUUUAAAUAUCUCCAGACAAACCAUGAACUGUAACCAACCGGGGCUUGUCUCAUGGUUCAUAGUAGAAGUCGAGAACCUCCAGACCACGGGCCAAUUUGGCCCAUGAGGCUGUUUUUCCCCAAACCACACCCAUUUAUCCCACACCUGACAUCAUAUGUGACAUCAUAUGUGAUAUCAGGUGUGGGGCAAGCAGAGAUGUGGCUGGAUCAGCUGUGCAGUGGGAACCCAUGAGGAACCCGAUUAUGUAGUCAUUCCUUGCAAAAAGCAGGCUUGAAGUCACUGCCCAUCACCUGAUAGGUGAUGACUUCAAGCCUACUAAUCAGUGGCACUCCAAAGCACCACGCAGGUCUGUUUGCAAUCCUGCAUGCUGCUGUGAAGUCUCAGUGACCAUCACCUGAUAUAAUUAUGAUGCAAGGUGUAUUUAUAUCAUCUGAUAUAGUUAUGAGGAGAGGAGAUAAGGAGCUGGCCUAUUGACAGAUCUCCAUCGCUGGAUUACAGCAUGUGUUUGUUGUGGAACUGCUAAGCCAUGAGUCUGGGAUCGACAAUAUUUUAAGUUGUCUAAAGAUGCUUUCAGCAUGCAUAAACAACUAGAACCAGCACUGGUUCCAUUUCACGUUUUUCAACCUGUUUCCCUCAUCAGGAACAAUUGGGAUGAAUUGCUGGAGAUGAUAAAGUUUCAAGGCGAACGACUACAAGAUGCUGAGUUAAUACACAAGUGUCUGCAAGACCUGAUGGAAGCCCUUGUCCACACUGAGGUUAUAAUCAUGCUGGGAAAUAUAUGGAUUGGGUAUUUUGUUUCUGCCCAUCUACUGUGUCCUUUGAGGGCCACAUUAGGUGUGAAGAGAAGAGUGUUAUGCAUAUGCAUUAGCAUAAUCUAUCCCGGCUUUCCCAUACUUGGCACCCUAUAUGGGUAACUGUCACAGGAGUGUGCUAGUCAGAAAUCACACAGUUCAAAAAUGGAGUUAACUCUUUAUUAGCAAAAACACAACCUCCACAGAUGUGGACGAGCGUCAGGCCUAGUGAGCAGAGCAGAUCAUGCCUGGUGGUCUUCCUCCAUGAAAAUCAGUUUGCCAAGACUGAAAGUCCCCAUCUCUUCAUGGCCGUCUAAGUCCCCUCUUCUCCAGGGCUUUUUCCAAGCAAUUGGAGACUGUGCCUGCAUGCAGCCAACCUUUCCACCCUUUUCAUGCCUCCUUGUUCUGGGAAACAAGCAGGGAGGGGACAGCAGGAGGGAGAGGCACCUCUGACUCUUAAGCAGCCUGACUCAUCUCUGCCUCUUGGCCUCCCUCAUCCCACCCUCCUGCUGCUUCAGCUUCUGCCUCUGAUUCUGAGCUACUCUCUGCCACAGACUCUCCCAGCUCACUAAGCCCUGUUACCUCUUCAGCUUCUGACACCUCCUCUUCCCAGUCUUCUCCCUCUGACCACGCAUUGGUGUCCCACCACCAUUACCCGGGCUCUGAGCUUUCUUCCCUUGAUAGUUCCCCAGCUGGUUUCUCCCUCUGCGUCCAACCAGGCCAUGACAGUAACAGCAACAAAAUGUAAAAUUACAGUAUGAUAUAGAUAGAUAGAUGAUAGAUGAUGACAGAUGAUGAUGAUAAUGAUAGCUAGAUAGCUAGAUAGGCCAUAAACAUGUAAAAGCAAAACAGAAAAACAGCAGUCGAUAAACUAAAUAUAAAUAAGCUAUUUAUUCACACACUUGCUCCAUGCACAUCUCAAGCUUGGUAAUUGGUUUGCUUGGAUGAAGGUGCUGAACUCUCCCCUCCCUAACCUUGUUCAGACUGGCUCAAUUCCAGCAAUAGGGCUGGGCUGGGGAACAAAGUGUUUUAUGCAAUGGGGUGCUGUGAGGCAAGGAGGGAAGAGUUUAGCUCUCCUCAUCAGUGUGCUUCCCUUUAUGGGGGAAAAACAGGCACACAACCCAGCCUCCAACCUCCAAACUAUAUGUGAAUGGGAACAAUAUGUGCAUAAGUACACCUGGCUGUUCUGACACAUAUACUGUGGCUUAGCUUUACAUUUCCCUAUACCAUUUGGGACCAGGAUGCCUGUAAGAUUAUCUCAUCCCUUACAUACCAAACUGGUUGAUGUACACUGCAUGAGGGGGCAGGGGCGAAGGAAGGCGUCGUGACACCCAGGGUGGGUAUCGCUACAUAGGACGCAUGUGCGGCAUCACUAAGUAUGACACAUGCGCCAUACGUAGCAACGCCGCACAUGCGCUGUAUAGCGGUUUGCUGCCUGCGCUUCUCCAGCGCCGUACGGACGGUGCCAGGAUCCCUCUGUCGCCACCACAGUUGCAUGUGAAGGAUCCUCCAUUCGCAGCUGCAGCCACGAGCAGAGGAUCCUGUCGCUGUCCGUACGGCACUGGAGCGGCGCCAGCAGCAAACCACUAUACAGUGCAUGUGCGGCAGCGCUACGUACUGCGCAUGCAUGCGACGGCGCACAUACGCUGUACUUGGCGGUUUGCUGCCGGCGCCGGGAUCAAGAUGCUUCAAGAUGCUUCAUAGGAAGUGAUUUGUGAAUGAAAAAACAAUAAUAUAUUUACACUUUGUUUCAAAUAAUCAACCCAUUAACAGCAAGCUUCCCCAUACUAUUUCACUAGGAGAAGUCCAAGGCCAUCCCUGAUGACAUUGCUAGAGACCUGGGUGGUGUACAGUCCCAGCUACGCAAACUUGCAACCCUCGAGCAUGAACUGUCUGGGAAUGAGCAACAGGUAAGAUACAUAGCAGUUCGCAGAUGGCAAUUGGAAGCCAAAGCCCAUUCUGGCAUCUCAUAAUUUGCUGAUUAUCUUGUAAGAUGGUGCAUUCCAAAACAAUAACUAGACAUUUGUAAAAAUAAAUAAAUAAAUUGAUUGUCUUCCCAUUUGCAUGACAAAACUACUGCUUUUUUAUUUUGAUCAGACCUGCCACCAUUGAGUUUAUUGAAUUUCUUGUUGUGAAACUAGAAUAAAAACACUUCUUUGGGGGGGGGGGUUACCCACUUCUCCACAAUAUGAUUUCAUAGUUGCGUUAUUAGGUUAGGUUUUUCAAGAAGGCUGAGUAUGAGACUCUCUGGUGCCCUCCCUUCCUGUGCAUGUGCUAUGGCAUCCUCCUUAUUCUUUUUUUGCAGCUGCAAGAACUGAUUGAUGCUGCAGAUGGCGUGCUUUGCCGGUGCUCCGAAAGUCAAAUGCAGGAGAUACAAGAAAAGCAGCAGGCAGUGGUAGAGAACUGGGAGUCCUUGAGGUGCAAAGUGGAAUAUUGCAGGGAGCAGUUGGAACAAGCCUGCAGACUGUACCACUUUCAAACACAGGUGAGCAUUUCAGUGUGGUAGAAAUUGAAGUCAAUCUUUCAUCAGACUCUUUCCACACUUCUCAAUUACACACACAAAAACUAAUUUCACAGAGUUAAUAGGUGGGUGUAUUAAUAUAUCUAAUGCAGUACAGUGGUACCUCGGGUUACAGACGCUUCAGGUUGCAGACUCCGCUAACCCAGAAAUAGUACCUCAGGUUAAGAACUUUGCUUCAGGAUGAGAACAGAAAUCGUGCGGCGGCCUCGUGGCGACAGCGGGAGGCCCCAUUAGCUAAAGUGGUACCUCAGGUUAAGAACAGUUGCAGGUUAAGAACGGACCUCCAGAACGAAUUAAGUUCUUAACCCGAGGUACCACUGUAAUCUGCUUUAGGAGACAUGUAAGGGUUGCUUAGGGGACAGAGAAGAUCAUGAGGCCUAUACAUGCUUAUAGCAAUGAUGCUCAAUGCUUUUUUUCUGGGGGUAUUCAAGGAUAUGCAGUACGGCACUUUUUUUUCAAAUGCUAAAAGUGUGGCACUUAUUUUUUUUUAAAAAAAAAUAUUUUAUUAAGGAUUUUCUUGUUUUACAGAAGUGUAGUGCCACGUAUUUUUUUUUCAUGUAACAUUUUUACAAAUCCGUUUCAUUUGUCAACACAAGAAAUACAAGACAAACUAGAAGACACCCAAAUGCCCUGGUUAACACAACACCAACUACAUGCCCUCUUAAACAACCCAACAGUAAAAUCAGCAGCAACUAGGCCCCUGACAACCUUCGAAAACCUCCUCCUAACAACAAAGGGAAACGGUAAAGGGACGGUAUCCGCAAUAUACAAAAUACUACUCCAAAAUCCCGCAAAUCCCCUAGACGCAAUCAAAAAACAAUGGGAGAAUGACAUAGGCUAUGAGAUUAACCCCACUCAAUGGACCAGAAUUUGGUCUAAACCCCCCUUUAAAUCCAUAUCAACGAAAAGAAAAGAACUCACACUGAAACUCACCUACAGGUGGUACCUAACACCAAGGAAACUAGCGCUAAUACACCCAGGAACCUCACCAAAAUGCUGGAGAGGGUGCACCUCCACAGGCACAUACCUCCACAUGUGGUGGGAGUGUCCCAAAAUCCAACUAUUCUGGACAACAGCCAUACAAGAAAUAUGUAAAAUAACUAAGCAAGUAAUAGACAUCACCCCAGAAUUGGCCCUACUAAACAUCUUCCAAGACAACAAUGCCCAUUUACACCACAAAGAACUCAUAACCCACCUGCUCUCAGCAGCCAGAAACACCAUAACCAGACACUGGAGAGACCUGUCAGGAGUAAGCAUGGACCAAUGGUACCAAAUAGUAUGGGAAACAGCCCUACUAGAAAAAAUUAACUAAUAAACUGAAACUGACACGGGGACAAACAGAAGAAGACGCCUUCACCCCGGUAUGGCUCCCCUUUAUCACAUACACAGCCCAACAGGACAAUGACAAUAAUCCACCAACAGCAUACAAAUCAAUAAGUGUGGCACUUAUUGUAACAACUUCCUGGUGAGUACCACCACUUUUUCCUUUAAAAUACCCCCACCCAUCUUCCCUCCCUCCACCACCCCUUUUUUUUUCUUCUCCCCCUAAUGUCUCAACAAAUGAAACGGAUUUGUAAAAAUGUUACAUGGAAAAAAUACGAGACAUUACACUUACUUCUGUAAAACAAGAAAAUCUUAAAUAAAUCAGUCAAUCACUGGUGGUGCUCUAUAGCAAAGGAAAUGCACUGUUUGGCCUCUGAGAACAACAUGCAAGUGUUAGAAAGGCAGUCAAAGGUUGCACACCAGUGGCAAUCAGUAGAGAACACACAUUCAUAUGUAUACAGAGAAAGAGACGGAUGGACAAACAAUUUUCAUGGAGCAAAAGUCAUCCCCUAGAAACUUUAAGUGGAUCAGAAAAGAAAAUUGGAUGAUUUAUUCCCACAAUUGCAAACAGAAAAUCCCAGAAUAUCACUGUAAAAAUACAGAGAGGCACUUCUUGCAUAUUGUUUACCAAGGUGUGUGUUCUAUGGAACAGCACGUCAUGACAUUAACAUGGGUGUUAAUCCAUCUGUAAGAAGUAUAGGGACACCCUUUCCUAGUUCUGGCUUCAAAGAAACUGCAAGAGCAUACUUUGAGCAAAACAGAGUGACCACAAAAGUUCCAUGGAAAUAAAGGGAUGUCUGUUCCCAGCAGCAGGCUAUGAAACUCUCAUCAGUGCCACAAGCAGCCACAGGUGGCUUAUUCUAGCUGUCAUUUUCAUUUCCCAUGCAUUUAUUCAACAUUGCCAAUCCAAGCUAUAGUGGUUAAAUCGUACUUGGGAGUAGACCCAUUGAAAUCAAUGGACUUCAGAUACUCCCAUUGUUUUCUGUGGGUCUGAGUAUGGCACAGGUGGUUGCAAUCCAUAAUCCUUGACCUUCAUCUUUUAUUUUUGUCUUGGCUUUCAGGCACGAGACUAUUCCUCCUGGGCAUCAGAAAUGAUGAGAGAAAUGAUGAUGGAGGACAAAAUUCGAGACAUAUCUACUAGUGAUCUGAAGCUGACUCAGCACCAGCAGCUGUUGGCAGAGAUUGAGGCCCGUGAUGACAUGUAUGAACGGGUGCUACAGCUAGGACAAGAACUGCUGCUGGAACAGAAAAUGCCAACGAAAGACGUACGUAGGCAUAAUGUGGACUCAUCAUCAACACACAUUGCUCACCAGUGUUUCUAGAAGUUGCCUUCCUACCCAGUAAUCCCUUUUGUGUAUGUGCUGCAAUUAAACAGCAGUGAAGAUAUAAUCAUGAUGACUGAAUGUUCCUCAGAGGGAAAAUGGGUUACUGAAACAUAUCCAGAUCCAGGUUUGUGAAAACAGACAGUUGUUUCCUUUUUAUCAAAAUCUUGAGCCCUAGUAGCAUAGCCAAGUCUGACACAUAACAAGCAUCACUCACACUGUUUUGUGGAUUAUCAUGAACAUUUUCUGUUGUUUUCUUAUAUCAGAUCCAAGGCACAUUGCAGGCACUGUUGGAAGAAAAGGACAACGUGUACCGCAAGUGGGCAGAGAAGAAGGCAUGGCUGGAGAAGAUCCACCUUCUGCAGAUGUUUUACAGGGACUGUGAGCACCUAGAAAAUAUCUCAAACUCACAAGAGGUAGGUAAACGGUGGCAGUAUGAUGAGAUGCGAAGAAGAGCUGGAUGGGGCAAGCCAUGUCAUCUCCCUUGUAUAUACAUACACACACAUGCUUGUGGUGGCAAUGUUGGACAUAAAACAGCAGAAUCUCGUGGUAUCUGA